AUGCGACUCGUUAUUCGCUACUUGAGGAAAUCAAUUCCACUGUUUCUGACCUGCAUUGCUAUUCUGUUCACAAUACGAAUUUGGCGAGUAUGGAACGACAUCAAUUUAAACGUCAAUUUACAAGUAACUCUUUCUCCGGAUGAGCUGUCGAAAACGCACUCAAUAGAAUCAAGCAUUCAAUUGGAUGCGUUGGCAACUCAUGCUGUAACCACAUUCGAUGAUCAACUCCAUACUCAUCGCACUAGACUAUUGAGCACGGCAAUUUGCCCCAACUCGCUGUUUCUUCUUAUUUUGGUGUCCACGAAUGUUGGGAAUUUUGACAGGCGCCAUCUAAUUCGCAAGACAUGGGGCGCCGAAUACUCGAUCAAAACCAAGUGGAAAACCGUUUUCCUUCUAGGGAAGAACGACAAACACGAUGAAAUGGGCAAAGUGAGGAAGGAGUCCGAAAUAUACGGCGAUAUGGUUCAAGCAGAUUAUCAUGAACAUUUCUGGAACAUGAGUUAUAAAGUUGCCAUGGGUUUUGAAUGGUCUCUUAAAUAUUGCACUUUUGACUAUCUUCUUAAGUCCGACGAUGACGUGUUUGUGAACACUUUCGGUCUGAUGGAUUUUCUAAGCAAAUAUACGACACCGAAGAAAAAGUUUUAUACCGGGAAUCUUAUGGCUGGAAGUGUUGUUUUGCGAAAUGGCAGAUAUGGUGUCGCACCCGAGGAAUACAAUGAAACCAUUUAUAAGCCCUAUUGUAGUGGUGGAGGUUAUAUUUUGUCACGCGACGUGGUGGAAAAGUUUCUUUCGUAUUUUGACGUUUUAAAACCGCUCAAGAUCGAUGAUGCUUACAUUGGUAUUUUGGCAAAUAGAGCUGGCGUAAAAGUGACUCAUAAUAAGGAAUUUCGCAUGUAUGAGAACCGUUGUGAAUACAAGGAAACCACUUUAGUGCAGCAUCCGGCGAGAGGAGAUUGCGCGUUGAAGCUUUACAAUAAAAUGAUCGAAGGUAUAUUGAAUAAUUAAUGUUGGAUUAGAAUUAAAGGUGAAUGUAGGGAAUUAAUCUUAAUAACAAUAUAAGGAAAUUUAUUCUGUAUAUUUAAAAAAAUUAAAGCUCAUUUGAAGGCAGGUAAUUAAAACACGUAAAAAAUGGUGAAUUUUUUUAACAAUUAGCAACCUUCAGAGGUGUCUUUUGUUUAAUGGGAGAAGUACUCAAGGAUGGAAAUCACAAUUUUCAUUGAAACAGCUUCUGCAAGACAAGAUUUAAAGUGGUCAAGGUUAUUGUACAAUGUAGAGCUUAUGAUUUUGCAGGCAAUCAACAGAUUAUUAUGAGCAUUAUCAACUAUUAUAGAAUUAUAUUUGUUUCACACAUUUACAAAAUUUAACUCUAUACAUAUUUAUAGCUUAACUUUUUCCAAGCAUUUAAUUACAGGAUACAAUAAAAAGGGGAGUAAAGAAAGGUAGAGAUCUAUGGACAUGUGAAAAUUAUUUCCUACCAAGAUUUCCAUGAUUUUUGCUGUUUUUACUAUUCUAAUUUCUCCACUCAUCAGGCAUCUGGCAUAGGCUAUGUGACUAAGAUAGGCUAUAUGACUAAGAGAAGUGUGAAUGAUCCAGAACUGGUCUGUGCCUAUUAUGUUAUAAUUAAUUAACUGAGUAAGAACUCUGCUGAUUGCUCAGUCAUCAUUAUAACUCAAAUGUGACCUGUUGUGACAGGGUUUAUUUCAGAAAUAUUUCAGGUGUUCAUAGCUUUCUGGAUCAGAAAGUAACUUUCUUUGAGCAGCCCAUGUUAACAAAACAGAAGUUGUUCAUCAAAUAGAUUUGUACACUGUUUGGUAAUUUUAACAUUUUUUAGUUACACUUUAUUUUUCCAUAGAUUUUUAUUAUCAGAAUUGUCUUUUUUUAAGUAAAAGACAUCAGAGAGAGGGUAGAACAUUUAUUUUCUUCAACAUCACAAACAAUAAUUCGCAAAACAAAUUCAGGAGUGAUUUAAUGGUAACUGCUUCUUUAUGUAAAUUGUGGUGCAUGCAAAUUAUACAGGAAUAUUAGAUUUACAAAGUGAAUCUGUUCAUAAGAAGGAAAGACUAUUGUUAUCACUAGUGACUAACAUUACAACAACCUAAGCUGAAGUCAUCAUCACUCCCCUAAGGUUGUUGAAACCUCCACCUCCAACACUAACAACAGUUCUUCCUUGGACAACCCUCACCAACAGAUUAUGGAAAAUGUUCCUUCUAUUGAUUUCCAUGGGAACACUGAUUGGGGUAUAUUAGGAAUAACAAUACAAGUCAGUCUACAGUAGCACUAUUUAUUAGAAAAACAUAUGAAGACACCUAAAGGACAAAGGAUAUGUAUAAAAUCCUAGACAGCCAAAAUCAAGUCUUAAACGGUUUUGUCCAUAAUGUAAAUGAUACGGCAUCUAUACCUAAACUUGCACUUUCAGGAUUUACUGUUAAAAUGGGGUCUGAUUUCUAACCUCAUAUCUUGAGAUUGACACAGUUUUGAAAAUCAUAACAUCUUUUGUUGCUUGGUUGUUGUUUGGCGUGUUUUGCUAUCAAGACCGGGAGGCGCGGAUACUAUUGUUUGGCCAGGCUACUAAGUAUACAACAUGGCGACGAGUUUGCUCGGUCGUUCAUCGUCCAUGUAAUAUUUUUAUCUCUCUAGAAAUGGAAGUGAGGAGAUUUAGGAAUUAUUAUUGUUACCAUGCCAGAAAAAGUGAAAAUAAUAGAAUGGCAUCAGUUGGAAAAGAAAAAGUAUUUUCUUUUUAUGAACGUGUACAUGUUAACUACAAAUGCUGUGCUAUUUCCGGUCGAGUUAGUGAAAACUCGACUCCAACUCCAGCGGACCAAAGCUCUUUACAAAAACACGCUGGAUGUCGUUUACAAGACUGUGAAAAACGAGGGAUUUUUAGGACUUUACAAAGGAUUCCCGGUAAGUCAGUUCGGCGUUCUCACUGGACAUAUCUACGCUUCAAGCUACGAAAUUUCCAGAGAACAAUUCUCCACGCUGCAAACUGCAGCCCGCGGAUUUUUAGCUGGAGGUCUCGCUGCUGCGUUAGAACAAACCUUUAUAAAUCCAGUAGAUGUUAUAUGCCAGCGAAUGAUGGUUGAAGGGCAAGGAGAAAGAAAUAAGCAGCGCGUUACCUUGAGAUCUGUCGUGAUUGUAAAGCGAGUAUUGAAAGAGCAUGGAGUUUUUGGCUUUUAUCGUGGGUUUACGGCGUCUUUGAUGGUCGAGGGGCUCUGGAGUGCCACUUGGUGGGCCUCUUAUGGGUUCUACUUAGAUAUGAUUGGGAAAAUGGUUCCUGAUGGAACGUCACAUCUCGUUAUCAAGGGUCUGUCCGGGAUGCUAGCUGGAAUUAGCUCUGCAGUGGUGGGUAAUCCCAUUGACGUCAUUAGGGUCAGACUACAGGUGAGUAAUGGGCUUGAGUCUUAUUGAAGUGGAAAAUGUUAGUCUCAUCAACCUUUCUUUGCCCCAUGUCAAUGGAGCUAAUGUGUGUUUAAGUUAGGUAGCUUCAUUCAGUGAAACCCAGUCAACCAACAUGACAAUUUUGAAAGUUUUGACAUAUACCUUAUUAUUCUGACUGUUGAAGACCUAAAAGUUUAGACUUGAUCAUGGUUCAGAUACUGCUAAAGAAGGAGCUAUAGGAGAAUUGACAAAUGCAAACUUGAAGAGAUAAUUGGUUAUAUUUGGGACUUGUACUUGUUUUGGCAGACUUAGAACCAACAAGAUAAUUUGAGUUUAUUAACUGAGUUGAUAAUGUGAAUUAGCCACCAUUAAGAGUUUCAAAGCUGACGUUUGGAGCGGUAUCCCUUCGUUAUUUGCUCUGAUGAAGGGUUAGCACUUGAAAUACCUGCUUUGAAACUCUCUUUGGUGACCAAUUUACACUAUCAACUCGGUUGAUAAUACCAAAAUUAUCUUAUGAUACUCCCCCACCGACAUAGCACCACAGUUUUUUUUAGAAACUUACUCCCUUUGUUCAUUUUGCACUAACUUACUUUUCUUCAAUUCAAAACUCUCAGAAGCAAAAGAAUGAAAUAAAACAAAACAAAAUAUCUGUGAGCCAACUGAUUCAUAAUAUUCUCCAAAAUGCCCACUGAUGUGAGUCACUGACUGAAUAAUCUUGUUAUCUUUUUUAUCCAUUUUGGGAAAAUCAGGUUUGAAAAAUUAUAGACAGCACUGAAAAUUUCCUCAAAUGAAGGGAAUAGGUAUCUUAGUAUUCAACCUCUUUUUCUGUCAGUUAAAUGUACUUACAACUUCUUUCAGGUGGAAGGAAGAAAGUCUAUUUUGAGAACUCUGCAUGAUCUGCUCAAGAAUGAAGGAGCUCUGGCUUUAACAAAGGGAAUGUUUGCUAGUGCUGUUUCUGAGAUGCCCUGUAGUGCUAUUACAAUAAUUGGGUAUGAAAUGGUCAAGAAACUAAGCUUGAAGGAGAAUUCUGUCAUUGAAUAAUAGUGAAAUAAUAUCUCUAUAUUAUUAACAGUUUGUUGGGCAUUGUGAUGCAUUUUGCAGGCUAAAAUGGAGAGUUUGGUGUACUAAAACACUUGCAUGCUGGUAUGAUUGUUCAGACUGGUUUUUUGUCUUUUUUUUUUCAGUCCUUAUUUUCCCAAUGCCUUUAAUAUGAUAAUAAUAGUAAUAAAAUCAAAACAUUCUGGGUAUGAAUAGGUGUUGGCCCUUUCCAGAACUCAUUUUAACCCUCACUUAACAGCUGUGACUAAUGUGACUCUGAGUUGGGCCCAAUACAUAUUUAUGCCCACGAACAUGAACUCUAUGGCUGAAUAGUGAGUAUUUGUAUUUGUAAUGGUAAAUGUAGUGUGCAAGUUUGAACAAGGGGCUCAACCAUUAAAUGGAUUAAACCCAGGAGUAAGAGUUAAUUAUGUAAUCUGAUUAUGUGGGUGAGAGACUUAAGGACCGUUGUCAGUUGCAGUAACUAAUGCUUUGAGAAAUUGGAGUGGAUGUCAAAUACAUCAAAGUCAACAAGUCAUCAAACAUUAUUCACCACAGCACUACUAGCCUUAGUCUAUUUUGGGACAAAUUUCACCCAAUUGAUCAGACUGCACUAUCAAGGAGCAAAUCAAAGAAAUUUAUAAAACAGAUGGCAAAAGUCUUGUUUGCCCUUAGAAUUUUUAACCCCUGCCUGCCAGGUGGACAAUGCUGCUCUUCAUGCAUCAGAAACAGGAGCUUCAACUUUUGCCUGUUAAAAGAUGAUGAUAUUGUAACCUAGCCAUUUCACAGAUUUGUACCAGGACUACAAGUGAAGAAUCUUUUAGAAUAAAUGAUAACAUGUAAUAAUUUUUGUGUGGCUCGAUAUUUUAAUUGAUCCAAAAUUCCAUCCAAGGAAAAGUCAGGGUUUCACUUGAUUCCUUUAUUGUUGAUGAUAUAAAGGUUAUUUUAUGAUAUAAAGGUGUUACUAAGAACUUAUGGACUAAAUAAUAAGAUUAUGGGUAGCUUAAUAAUUACAAUAACAAACUCAAUCCACCACUCCACUCCCCAAAUGGGGCAGUUUAGGGCCAACUUAGAGAAAGAAAGAAAUAUUUUGGAUAAAUAAUUUGGUGAGAAAUUUCAACUUGGGGGAGGCAGAUCAGAUGAAUAUUUUUAAAGGGAAACCAAGAAGUUGAAGUGUGGGCAACCAAGAACAACUGUAUAUUCAAGGGGUGUAGCUAAGGGAAGAUCUGGGUGUGCACAUAUCCUCCCUUAGUGAUGUACAUAUUUUUCAAUUUUUAACAACAUACAACAUGAUUGAGGCGGUAAAAAAGCUUGAACAAGAGGAUUCUCCACAACAUGAAUCACUUAUUGAUCAUCCAAAAAAAUGCCACUCAGAGUGAAGCACAGCAUGGAUGUCUACACGACAGAGGGGUAGAUACUCUUUGUGUGAUACAAUGUGUCCCCUUCCUCUCCACACACCCUUUUAAAAAAUCCUAGCCAUUCCCUUGCACUUCAAAGGUUCUUACCGCACAGAGUAGAGCAAAACUACAGCAAUCCUAUAUUACUUUCAAAACUCAAUUGAAAAAUGCUCUAAUGCGGAGGCAGUAGCUUUCUUGAUGAUGGAGGGGCCUGGGUUUUUGUUCUCCAUUUUUCUUAAAUCAAGAGUUCGCGUGACCUCCUCGAAAAGCGUGGGCUUGUAAUAAACAACGAUGUAACGGAAUACUCUCAACUUCGUCUCUUUGCGGGUAACCACGCUUAACAUGUGGACAGAAAUAAAGAUUGAACCACGCAUAUUUAUAAAUGUAGUGGACAAACGAUUAGGUCAAAGGGAGUCGAAUUAGUACAAUUACGAACUUUUCCAUUUUUUGACGUAACACUGUUGAUGAUGCAAUAAUUGGAAGUCACCCUGGUUGUGCGUUGCAUUUCACCGCGCUUUCGCGCAGAUGUUUGAACAAGAGAUUUGCUUAGGCAAUCUUUUGUUCUUUCCUGGAUGCCAGAGGAAGUCAAACAGAUUGAGUGGCAGCAUAUUGACAAGCUUAAAUACUACACCUACGGAAGUGUUUUCUUCGUUGGAGUAAAUACUAUUCUAUACCCAGCAGAUGUGAUCAAAACUCGACUGCAAGUGCAGCGGACAAAUGCUCUCUACAAAGGAACGCUUGAUGCUGUUUUCAAAACCUUCAGAUCCGAAGGACUUAUUGGGUUUUACAAAGGAUUCCUGGUGAGCCAAAUGAGUGUUUUAACUGGGCAUUUCUACGUGACAAGCUACGAAGUUUCACGAUCGCAAAUGUCUUUCUUUGGCGAUGGCACUCGAGGAUUUGUGGCCGGUGGAGUUGCGGCGCUAAUGGAACAGUUUUUAGCAAAUCCAAUCGAGGUGAUUUCUCAAAAGCUUAUGAUUCAAGGACAAGGAGAAAACAACACAAAACUUAAGGGAGCUCUUCACAUCUCUGCAGACGUGUUUAAAGACUACGGUGUGGGUGGUUUCUACAGGGGAUUUGUCCUCUCGUUAAUGACCGGGGCAUUGUGGAGCGCUGUCUGGUGGGGCUCAUAUGGUGUGUACAUAGACAUAAUUGGGGAUUACGCCCCACAUGGUACAUCUCAUUUGCUAAUUCAGAGUGUCGCUGGUGGACUUUCAGGGUUGAAUGCAGCCGUCAUUGGGAAUCCGUUUGAUAUUGUAAAAACAAGACUGCAGGUAAUCGUAUAAAAAUCAAAAACGAACUGAAAGCAGAUACAAAUUACACUGCAACAGGUAUUACAAUUUACUGUGGAGUACAAUUCAAACUAACAACAGGUCAUUUUCAAGUCCAUUAAUGCUCAGAAAUGAUUCUAAAUGACUAUUGAGGCUGCAUUUUCGUUAAAAUUCAAGUAAUCUUUGAACACUUAUGCUUUUAGGUAUUUCAGGGCUGCUACAAAUGAUGGAAACAAAAAGGGCUUGCCCCUCUCUAAAUUUAUAUUUGUGAGGAGAUUUGUUCAAAAAAUGUACCAUUCUCCAAAUGAUUCCUAUUCUGGACAUUUUGAACGUCUCAAUUUCGUUGCACACUUUGUAGAACGGCCCUACCAAGGGAGUCAGAUCCACAGUGUGGAAGAGCCUUUUUUGGGCCGAUAUUUAAGCCUGAUAGUUAUUAUUCCUCUUUUCAGCAAAUAAGUUAGUCUGUUUGAUUCAUCUCUAAGGUUGAAGGUGGAAAAUCCACGACCAAAUCCUUUCAAGAACUACUCAAGAAAGAAGGACCAAAGUCAUUGACUAAAGGAAUGCUUGCUAGUAUAUUGUCUUGGGUUCCUUCAAGUGUUAUCAUGAUAGCUGCAUAUGAAACUGUUAAGAAACUCAGCCUAAAAGAGAAAUCCAUUGACUUGUUUAUUUAAUAAGUACAUGUAACACUAAAUCUUCAACAACUAUACACCUCAUCAAAGCAAGGGUAGACCACAGGGUAAGGGGAGAUUUCUGAGUUUUAAGCAAUUCCUCAAUUUGGUGCUCGUCAUGUAAAGCAUAGGAGCCCCCAAAGGACUCCUGGUAUGUUUUAUUCUAAAAAAAUUUCUCCUCUGCUGCGUCAUACAGGUCAACCCUUGCUGCACUUCUAUAAUUAUAUAAAUGUCAGAAAAUGACAAUUACAAAGAAAAUAUUAAUUAUUUCAACUUGAGAGACAUUUGGUGGCCUUGCUAUUGAUUAGGAACAGUUCCAGCCAUGUGAAUUUACUGUUACAUAAUCUUUAUGCACUCUUCAGCAUGGAAGGGAAUCCUUUUACUGCCAUUACAUUGUAACCCAUUUUAAUAAAACAGUAAUUCCACUUGUGUAUAUUGUAUAUUAGAUAAUCUGAGCAAAAUCAAAACUACAAUCACAUUGGUUAUCUAUCAACUUAGUAUUAAUCUUCUUGCAUUCUAUCACAAAUGCUGUAAUCUGAUUGGCUACAUAUAACUCACCAUCUAAUGCUACCUAUUUGUCACACUGUCCAAUAAAAGUUCAUAACUUAAACAUUGAGAAUACAUUUGUGAAUAAGAGUUUAACAUAACUAGUUUAAUAACUUCUUCUAAAUGUAAGUAUAAAGAAAAACAAAAAUUUUGAAUAGCAUGUAACGCACCUCUUACAAUUUAUUUCACUUUCAAGCAUACCUGCACUGUGUGCUGUUAAAUAAACUUUAGAUUCAUUUUCUCAUAGAAGAAGGUCAACUGGUACAUUGUUAUCUCUGAACAUGUUUGAACAAUACAUAUUUGUGCCUCAAAAUUUGUUACAAUUUGGAUUGACUGGUUUUUAAAGAAUCAGACUUCAGCUUCACUGUCAUCUUAUUUUGUAUGAUUGGUAUCAUGUAAAUUAAUAUAGAAUAAAUUAAACACUACUUGGUCUCAUGUCCUUUACACAAUAGUGAAGUUUUAUGUUUGCUCUGUUUCUGGCAUUACAGUGGGCAUUCUGCAUCAAGAUCGGUUAACUUGGCCAACCAUUAUACUAGUAAAGCUAACCAGCAUAAGCAGACAGUUUUCAUUGUGUAUGCUCUUUGAGAAGUAUUCUCAUUUUUGUGACCAAAUGAAGUCUGCUCAUAAACUUUUAAAUCAUUACUUAUUAAAAAUCAUAAUUAACAAUAACCAUUGGCAAAUGUCUAUAAAUUAAAUUUGGCUCUGUACAAUUGGUAGUUAAUCAUAUAAAUUACAAUAUAGAGUAGAUGGUAAUAUAUUUCUACAAAGUUGUUUUUAAUAACCUGAGAUGUAUUUUAGGUAAAGUGGCUAACUAAAUCCUGCACAAAAACAACAGCUUUUUGCCUUGUUCUGAUCUUUACUGAAUUGGUCAUAACUAAAUAUACAUUUCAAACAUACAUGUUUUACAUAAGUCCAUAGUUUUCGAAAAUCCACAGACAUCUUUUAACUUGAAACUUUUAAAUAAAGCAAUAAAGGUUUGACACUAUUGAUUGAUAAUAAAAACUGCAAUUGCACUUGAUAUUUAGUGCAAUCAAUCUGCCUCAGAACACCAGUGAUUCUAAUUAGUGCUUUCAAUAGCAGUCUCAUGGGAAUUUGAUGCCAUGACACAAGCAACUGAGGUUCUGCAUUAACCACUGACCAAUUUAGAAUGGCAACUAGAUUGAUUUCCAAUUUUUGUUUGUUACUAGCACUAGCAAUUGAGAUUUUUUACUAGAGAUUCAUAUCUAGCACUAAUGAUUGAGAUUUGUCACUAGCAAUUCACAUUUUUGGCACAAAUGGCUCCCAAUGCCUUACAGUUUUUAAUGUUUGGUUUGUCCACUCCAUUUAAAAUAGAUGAACUUGGUAGUCCUCCUUCUAAUCUUUUCUAUCUUACAAAGCAAAGACCCCAUUUUUAUGGCUCAUCAUCCCUGAUCUUGAACAUUUUGAAACAUUCUUAAACUAAAUCAAAUCAACACCCCAGUUAAUGAGGGUCUUUUUGGUAGGCUUGUUAAACUAAAAGCCAAAGGGCUGACUACAAUUCCUGAACAAAUAAAUCAUUUUAUAUCAUGCCAUCUUCACUCUCUUCAAUGUCAUGACUACUCUCUGCCUCAUUAUCAUCAUCAUCAUUGUCUUCAUCUUCUCCAUCAUCAUCAUCAUCAUUAUCCUCGUCAACUUCAUUAGUAUCUUCAAAAUGGUGUGUGUUCAUGGCAUUCUCUCCAGUGACAUCACAUGAAAGAUGGGCAUACUCUCCUUCCCCAGCACUAUCCAACUUAGCAUCAGCUUUUGUCAUUAAAACAAGAAUAGUAGAAGCAAAAUCAAUGUUUCAAUGCCAAAUGAUUGCACCUUGUAGAAGUGGAGUAUACGUUUAUAAAAGUAAGUUUAUUUCACUUGGGUAGGGAGCUUCUAAUAAUCGAUGAUAAGGGUUUUUCAUGGCUAAUAGAAUAUAACAGUUUCAGGAGUUGAUUGCUUCAUCACAUCAGCCUGACAAAUAAAAGUCUUCACCAAUAUUUCUCAGUCUGAUGAAAAAGUCUUAUAAUAUCAGCAUACAAUGUACCUGUUGAUUCCCUAUGGGACUGCUCUAGUUUUUCCCUGGUUUCUUGCCACUUCUCAGAAUAGGCUUUCUUUGUCUUCUGUGUCAGCUCAAUGAGUUUUUUGAAUUGAUCCUGUGUCAAAAAUACAAGUAUCUUCAUAGCCAGACAAACAUUAUUGGGAGGUUGGAUGGUGCCAACAAGCCUGAGGAAAAACCCUUCAAAGGCCAACACAGUUUCCAAUUUCCUGACUAAAUUCUGACAUAAUUUCUCUUUAAAAAGAAACCUUUAAUACAGACUCUCUCUGUGGCGGACAACAAAUACUAAAGCUUAGCCCCAGGUGAUGAUAGUUUAUGUAUUUAAUGUACAGUCCUCUUUGCAAUUACACAAACAUCAACAGCCAGUUUACCAUUCACUUGGCAAAUAAAUUAUGGAGAGAUGUCUUGAAGAAUAGAAGUUUAAAAAAUGGUACUUUUUUAGGUGAAAGAGACAAUUACAAACUGUCAGUGGAGUUUCAAAAGUGGUGUCACUAUUGUGAUCUCUACAAAGCAAAAAGCUCCCUAAUGCUGACACCACUCUCAGUCCCUAAGGUUUUAUUGUUCUAUGAGUAAGUUAGUCUUUUCUAGAGUGCUCUCAAAUUGCUAAAUGUUCACCAAUUAGUUCCAUGUUUCUGUCUGCCUGAACACUACUGGUAAUUUGCAUUAGCCUGCAUAAUCAUGCUUUGUAAACUUUUACUUUCCUCACCUGUGCUCCAUCAUAGUUAAAUAUCCCACAAAUGCUGACAGGAACCUUCUUCAGCAAUACUUUGCCUAGCAACUGACGCUUUAAAGCAAAAACCACUGGAAUCUGAUUUUCUUUGCAGUACAUUAUUAUACUGCUAAGGGUGUCAUCUAGACCUCCUGAAGAAUAUCAUAAUAGUAGUAAUUUUAUAUCAUUUCAAUUAUUGACAGAUGUUUGAUUUCAUAGUCAGGAAUCACAAAUGACCAUAAUCUAAAGCCAGGUUUUUGGGUAUGACACAAAAUCAUUUCAGGAAAGAAGUAAUUUAAUGUACUUGAGACAACAAAUAAUUACAGGGUGAGCAUAAUUUUUGCACCAGCAACCACUAUUCAAGAUAUUUUCUUACUGUACAAAGUACAAAAAACAAGUCAGAGCGAUUGCAAUGAAAGAACUCCACAUUCACAAAGGAGACGUAAAGCAAACAUUGCUUUAUCUUUAUUUUCAAUUCCCUUGUUGCAGCAACAUGAAAAAAAAUGGGGUGGACAUCAACAGAAGUCUACCACCUCGACUAAAAUAAUUUGCUGAAUUGCAAGUUUACUCUUUCAUGUUAUAAAACCUGACAAUUGUUAGCCAAUGCAAAAUUGCAAGAAAACUGUUUAGACAGUGAAAUACUACAAGUUUAACCAUAGAGAAUGAUGAAUGAUUUAACUUUUCUACCUGCAAUGACUCAAUGACUUUAAUAUGUUUUGAGAAACAACUUACCGGCAGAUUUGAUACGUUCCACAUUUGAGGAUAUAAUCACACAUUUCACCCUCCUCAACUUGAGGUGUUUGCUGACCUCUCUAAGGCCUAGCACAAAUCUUCUCUUUGCUUUGGCCUAUAAAAGAAAGUCAAUAUCUGCAAUUAACCCUUCACACCCUAACAUCCAUAUGUAUUUUCCCCAUACUGUUUUCUUGACAUUUCCUAUGAUGCUAAAAAAGAGAUUUUGUUUAAAAAUCAUCAACUUCUUUCGUUGGCAAUCAUUUCUUUUAUUCCUGUGACCACAAAGUGUGAUUCAGGGCUGAAACAUAGAGGAGAAAUUAGAUGCAAGUGAAUCUGUGUUCAAAGGGUUAUAUCAUCAGAGUGGAAAAAUUUACCUUCACUGGAUCCUUGUGAAACUGCCUGUCUUGAAAACGCACAAGUUCUCUCAACAGUUCAGUUGCCACAGAGUCCACCUCCUUAUCUGGAACUUGAAAGCAAUAUCUGAAAAAAGUAAAAAUCAACUGCAUACAUGCCAUGGAACAAAUUGUUUUUGGGACCAUUACAUGAAAUCAGGAAAUGCAUUGAAAGGAAAGUGAAUUCAUUUUUAAAAGUGAGACAGUGUAAGAUUCGUUAGAGGAUUAGUACACUAUCUGUUAAAUUAAGUACAUAACUUAUAACAGAAUUAUUAGCAGAGAUAAUAAUGCCAGAAUUAUUUUAUGCUUGCAUAAUUGACAAGGUGCACCUAGGGUGCAAUUCAAUGCCUGAAAAUAUUAAUACCACACACUUCCUUUUCUAAAGUUUUCUCAUUAUCUUGUAAUUGUGUUUAUGAAUAUAGGAAAUGGUUUUUGCGCAUACCUGUUGCAGUUCAGAUUUUUUCAUGGUCCAGGAUAACCAUUUUUGAACCCAGCUUUAUUUAAAAUGUCUUUUCUUUCAGAUUUUGUUAAUCAAUAGAGUACCAAGGGGAAUAAGAACUACAACAUGGCUAUAAUGAUGGUAAUAAGGAAUGAAAGUGUCAAGUAAAGGGUAUCAACCAUGAAUGAUGCCAUAAAAUGUUUUCAUGAGUAACAUAAAACAUUUUGUUGAUAGAACAAGAAACCUUAUAUUUAGAGCAGAAUCAGUGACUUUGAUUCUAAUUACAAAAUUGAAAAAUGCAUAUUAACUAUCAUAUAACUACUUUUCCUUGUUCCUAGAAAUCCAAAAAUGUGUCUCAACAUUCAGGUUUGAAUUGUUUUAAAAAUUUAAACAAAAUAAACUAUUAAUAAUAACUCAAGAAAUUCAAAAAUAAGACAAUGUUUUUUAGAAAUUCCAGGCUUCCUGUUCUUGGAAUGGCAAGUAUAUGUGUACAAUAGGCACAAAUCCAAGUACUUUUAGUGUAAGAAUUCUGCAAAAAUAAAUCACAAUCUUACUCUCUAAAACGACGGCUGUGAAUUUCAGCGGCUAUUUCUUGAUCUGUAGGAAAAGAUGCUUGUGCCCCAGAAUUGUCAUCUAAAAAGAAGACAGGCACUAUGUUUGAAUAAAAUAAAUUCACUCUGAAUGUUCAAGAUUACAUUGUAAGCUACAUGUAAAUUAAUGAUCAUGUAUACAGGGAGAAUAAAUAAAUAAAUUUAUUACUUUACAUUAAGCUUUAUUGUCAGUAUAACAAGGAAAGAGAGGGAGAGUAUGCCAUUUCAGAUCUUCCUCUUAAAAAUGCCAAGAUAUACUGAAAAGUAUCUGAUAACAAGCACACAGACCUUUUUUUCAUUUUUGUUUUUGUGAUGUGCAUUUAAAUAAUUUAUGUUUGUAUCCUCCAGCUCUGUUUUAGUAUUUGCUGUUCUUCACCAUAUGGCUGGGCCAAUUGACAUGACUAGCAAUCACUCUGUUUAAAAUGGCUGUACUUUCUCAGUUAGCAAAAAUUUAACCUAGAAUCAAUAUUCAUGUAUUUACCACAAAUUUGUUUUAAAAAGAUGGCUUCUGUUGUUUUUGUUGUUGUUUCUGUUGAUGAAAAAAAAAUAAUAAUAAUUGUUAACCCUACAUGCUAGUAUAACACUUAUAUACAAUAGAGGGAACCCUCUUCUCCUCUGCCCCAAACCUAAAAAUCUCACAUCAGCUUCUAUCUUGUUCAUUGCCUUUCACAACAUCAUAUGCAUGCACAUUAUCCUGUAUGUCUUGCUGCAUCAAAGAAACAUUGUUCUUCCUUGGUAUUUCAUUAUUUCACUGACCAAAUUAGACUUUUCUCCUCAAAGUAGAAAGACAUUACCUCAAAAUAACAAAAGAAUAAAAAGCUGGAUCCAGACUUUUUUCAACAUUAAAAAUAAAUUUGCCAGAAGUCAUUGGUCUGAAGCAUGCCUCCAUUUUAUUUAUCUGUUUUUUUUUUAAAACACAUUUCUCUACUACCUUCUGAUGGACUUUGCAUGUCUUCCUCUAAAGCAGCAUUCUCAAAUUCAGAGUUAUUUGUCCUAAAAAAAAACAAAGAAAUCAGGAUCCACCCAAGUUACUGAGAGAAGUCUCAUCACUUGUCUGGUUGAUGUUGUAAUGAUAUUAUAAGGAGAAAUUCUGUCUUGGUCACUUAUGAGAGUUUAAGAGUUAAAGGAAUGGUGUGACAACCACGACAAUCUCCACAAACCUGUUUUCUUUAUCUUCACAAACUUCAUUGUCUUUGUCAGUAUCUGAAGUUCCCCCAGUCUCUCUUGCUUUCUUCUUCUCUUCUCUUUCUUUCAGAAUAAUCUACAGAGACAAUUUAACUAAACAUUCACAUUGAAUCUUCUGUAGAAUUCGACUACACAUAUACUUAUAAUGAUGUUGUAUAAAUCAUGAACAUGUCUAGUACUGGAUGUUUUAAAUUCAGAGACUACAAGGUCAUGGCAGAAUAACUCUCCAAAACUUAAUCCUUCCAGAAUUAUUCAUCUUUAACUCUUGACUGUUAGUCUUAGUCCUAAACCAUAUGCUGUAAAAAUAUAAUUGAAUUUUGAAUAAAACAAUAUUGUGAUAUUUCAAAAACAUUUGUGGGGAUAUCCUAAAGAGGGUUAUUGUUCAUUAUGACAGUAAGCAAAAAUAAACUGUUUAAUUGUUUGUAACAAAUGAUUAAACAGUUUUUUAUUUGUGGGGAUAUUUUGCACUUUCAGAAUUUUGUUUGUCUUGGCUUUCUGUGAUGCUUUUUUCAUGUAAUUUAUUAAUAAGUAAUAACAUGAUUUAUUGUGCAAUUUGGUGUAAAUAAGCACUUGUAAAUUUUUUAAAGACUAAAACUUGCACUUGCCCUAUGGGCUCGUGCAAUUUUGUCAUCUUGGAAGAAUUCACUGCGCUUAUUAACACCAACUUAACUUAAAAUCAUGAUAUUUCCAAUUAAUAUGGUGUAUUGAAAGCCUAGUAAAAAAUACUUGUACCAAAGUUAGUAAUAUCACUGUGGCACUUCUGAAUGAUGUAAAAGUACUUAAAUCAAGUAACAUGAUUGUACCAGCUAACUGGAUAGUUGAUCAAUGAAUAAGGACAGAAUAUAAAAAGCAGUUAACCCUUUAACUCCCAAGAUCUGAUUGUUAAUUCUCCCCUCUAGCUGCUACACACUUCCUUGUAAAUUAGUUAAGAGAACUUGGUGCUACAUCAAGAUAGCAACUUUUACCUGAUAAGUUUGAAUAUUCUCAUUACCUGUUUGCUGAAUAAUUAAAAGGAGAAGUUCCAUGUUGAUCACUUCUGAGAGUUAAAGGGUUAAAGAGUGACUGUCUCCUCUAAAUGAAUACACAACACCUAUACUUAUUGCAUCCCCAUUCACAAAUAUUUCACUGGCAGACAAGAGUAUUAGAAUUCAUCCUAAUCUCCCUCUUAAACUUUGCCUGUUAAAAAGUAAUUUAAAGAAGGUAACCUUUCAGACCAUGAUUUUGUCAAUGGAUCAUCAGAAACAAAUGUAACCUUGUCUGUCACAUAUGACAGAGAAAUUUACAUUCAUGUCUAGACAGCUCCAAAUAUUAACCUAUAUGUAUACCUUUUUCAGAGCACUUGGCUUCUUUCUUGCUGGAGUCUCUCUCUCUUUGCCACGUUUGAUAACUGGAGCCGUGGAGUCUAACAUGUUAUGGGGGACCUAAUGAUAUUCAAAUUAAAGAAAUAUUAUAAUAGUUACACUGAAAUUUUAUAAGAAGCUAAUUUAAAACAAUUACCAGUAAUAUUUAUCAAUUAACUUAAAAUUCUCAGUUGAUUCUAGAGCUAGACCCAAGGCAAAGUAUCACCACCUGCAAUUUCUGACCAGUUAAAAAAGAGGGAUAAUGCAACCCUUUUCAUCAGCACUAAAUUUGUCUAGAUAGUAAAAUCAGUAUCAUUACAGAACAUACAUUCUCUGUACCCAGUCAAAUGUACCUUCCCGUCAGGUUCAAAGAUUUAUGAUAAAUUCUUGGCUGCUGCAAGACUUGUAAACACUAAAAAACUAUUGUAAGUACCUUAUUCUCUCCUCUCUUAUGUAACCAUGCAUUCUUCAUGGGAGAUUUUGCCUCAACAGUUGUUGACAGCUGACUUGGUAGCACACCAGUGGAUAUCACAUGCUUUUUACCACUUUGUGUUCGUUCAGGAACCUGAAAAAGUGAAAAAAAGCAUUUCUACAUUUACUUCUGCUGUAGCUACAAACUGGAAAGCAGCAAACAGUGAUUUAGGGUACCUACCACUAUGAAUGUUAGACAACUGAAAAUCAAAGUCAAAUUGUCAACCAAACAAAAAAUGGAACCACUGACAAUAGAUAUAAGAUGAAACCUACACACUACAGUCCAAAAUCAAGUCUCUUUACUUUCCCAAUUAAUGGGCAUAGAAAUGAAACAAUAUUAUCUUACUGAAAUUGUUUUCAGCAUGCUUCCAAGAUCAACUUGAAUAGGCUUUUCAGUUCGUUUGGAUGAUGCAUUCUGUUGUGCCUUCUCUCCUGUCUCUGCAGAUUUCUUUUUCUUUCUCUUUUUCUUCUUCUUCUUUUGAUUUUCACCAUCUUCCACAGUAUCCACUAUGGCUUCUGCUGAAAGAUGCAGCACUCCACGACCCUCUUUGGAAGACUGUUCACUGUCCUGUGAGGGACUGACUAGAACUGGCUGUUAAGUAAUAUAGUCAAAUGCACAAAAUUAUUCCUUGACAAUGUAAUUAUAUAGCUGUGUAGCUGUUAGGUAAUAACAAUCAAACAGAUCUGUAUACAACUGCCUUGCAUAGCUGCCAAAGCUUUCUAAGGAGUCUGUGAUCUCAUUCCUUUUAAAGGAAUGCCAGUCAAUCAUAAGUUACGUAUGAACACUUUGUCACAAUUCCCUAACACUUUCACACACCCAUUUUCACUCAAAGGGCAGAUAACUUUAACCAGUAGAUCAAUGGCUAUCCAACAGAUUAAUGUCAACAAAAUUUACAGCAUUAUCCACUGGAUAGAGAUUUAUCCACUGGAUAGAGAUUUAUCCACUGGAAAGUGUUAUCCACCCUUCCACCAACUGGUAUCUGGGCCUAGUUGUUCAAAGAGUGUUCAGCAUUAUCCACAAUAUAAAUCUCUGUCUGGUGGAUAAGCAUUUACAAAGUGUACUGUGCUAUUGACUAGACAGAGUUUAUCCACUGGAUAGCCUUAUCCACCCUUACAACAACAAGGGCCUGGGUUGUGCAAAGUACAGUGAGUCAAAGACCUGGAGCUUAAUUGAUUUUACAGCAACAAAAAGGGAAAAAAUGCUUCCUCGCAAGGAAAGUACUCAUCAAGCAUGAUAAAAGUUACUCUUAGGAUCCUGAUUACUAGUAGGUAAUUUCUGAUGGAACACAAUCAAUAAGUAUAAUAUCUAAAGAUAGCACUUUGGGCAUUUAUUAAGCAUUCAAGCAUGCUUUGUAACUCACCUUUGGUUUAGGUGCUGCCCUUAAUGCAGCACUGUAGGACAAAGGAGCUGGUGGUUGUUUGGGAGAACUGAUCAUUUCCUUAACCUCAGUUGCCUGUCUGUCAAUAGUGAAAGGUCUUUUAAUUUUCACACUUUCAGACAAAUUGGGAAAGUCACCUUCUGCCAUUCUAUUGUUUGAAGAACCAAUAAAUGAACUUUCUUUCUCAUCAGAUGUUCCCUGAGAGCUAAACUGAAAGUUUCUCUUAACAUUUGAACUAGGCUGUCUUGUAUCAGUCUCAUUUGAUGAUAAAACCAAACUUAUUCCAUUCAAGAGUUGCUGUUUCUUUGAAGUCUCAAUCUUGGUGAUAACUCUGCUACUUUCUUUGUGUGCAACAUGUCUUGUGUCACAUUUCUGUCCAUCAACUUCAAUUUUUUCUUGAAAAGUUCUCUUCUUCCCAGAGUCAGUAUCAGUAUUCUGAAUGUUUGAACUCCUAAAUGUUUCCAUUUUGCUUGAAAUUGUAGAAUGUCUCAUAGCAUCAGUCUCAUUCCUCUUGAGUCUCCAGUUGUCAUCAUUAUCACAAGUCAAUUUUUUUACACAAUUUCUUUUAUUUUGCAUAGCCAUUCUAGAAGAUUGAUCCACUGUUCUAGUUCCUAAAUUGGAGAUUUCACCAUUUUUCAAUUUUUCAUAACGACUAUCCUCCAGUGCACUCCAUGUUCCCUUUGGUCCUUUCUCUUGAUCAUCCCUCUGAUCAUCUUUUUUAUUUUCACAGCUCAAGCUAUCUGUUGAUACCUUCUUGCCCUCAUAAUUAUCUGAGCUCAAAAGGUGUUUGUUUUUCCUACUAGGGUUAUUUUCCAUAAAAUCCUUCAUCCAAGAUUUAAUUGUUAUACCACUAUGGUUACUACUGCUCACAUUUUUGGCUCCCACACUCUUCACUUUGUCACUGUAACUCACCAUUAAGCUUUUGGUAUCCAAUUUUCUGUAUUCAGUGCUAUUUAUGGAAGAAUCAACUACUGAAGAAUUGUGUUGCAGACUGGGAAACUGUUCACUUUCAUGAGUUGAGUUGGCUUGGUUGUGUUUUAUCCCAUCAGAUUUAUCGUUUGCAUCAUUUAACUCCUGUGGGCCUCGGGUUUGGCCUUCACUGUUUAAUUCUUCUUUGGUUUGUUGUUGAGUAGAGCCAUUAGGUUCCUUUUGUUUUCUUCUACGUCUUUUUUUCUUUGUAUUUGUUGUGAGGUUUUCAUCUGCAGCAUUUUCCACAAAAGUUUCCUCUUUACUAAUUUCUACCCUUCUCUUUGUAAUAACACCCUCACCAGUUUGGUCUGUGCUUUUCUUGGAUUUUAGAUAAUCUCCCUGGUUUUUCUGGGGAAAAGUAAUAAUUGUGAAUCAGAAAAUCUUACACAUGGGUUUUCACAAUAAUAUUGAUUCUUCACAUGUCUGAGGAAAAACAGUAUCCUCUUCCAUGUGGUGAAGAUAUCCUGAUAAAUUUUAAUUUUGGAGACAAAGAAAAAAUUACAGUUUUCUACUUUUGAAUUUCAAGAGGAAUUUUAAAGUAUACCCUAAUGACAAUGCAGUGUUCUCCCUUGUUUUAAGCACAACAGGUAAAAAAAAUUUCCAACUGGUAGAGCAGUCCUUUUACCUGGUUAAUUUUCAAGAAUUCCAAGCGAUUUUGGAGGUAAUAAGAGGUACUACACACACUAAAUUUUACUUGAAGAACACUGCAAUGUUGAUGAUAAUGAUGAUAAUAAUGAUACUAAUACACUUUUAUUCCCUUAAGAUAAAAAAGAGAUAAAAUGUGUUAAUAUGUGCUAGAAUAGCAGAUAGUAUUGAAGAUGCACUCUGGCUGGCCACUCAAAUACUGAAUAUCCUUUGCUAUUCAUCUCUGAGUAACUCUUAUGCGAUUUAUGCCAAAAAAUUUUGUGAUCAUUGCAGGAAUACAUGAGUUAAAAUCAUAUUUUUGUGCUAUGUUAUCUCACUGUUUUUUAUAUAUUAAACAACUAUUCACAUUACAGUCAGUAGCUUGCAGUGGAUAUUUCACUUGCAAAACAUUCAAGCAGCAAGGUAAACAUCCACCACCAGCCACCUUUAUUGAGGUGAAUAAUAUCCCUCUAACUCCUAAGAUAUGACUGUUAAUUCUCCUCUUUAGCUGCUACACAUUUUCCAAUAAAUUAAUUUCAAGAAUUUGUUGUUUUAUCAUGAAAACAACAUCUACCUGAUCAACAUGAGUAUUCUCGUUACUUUUUUGCUGGAUAAUGUAUGGAUAUUAGAAAGAGAAAUUGGAUUUCAAUCACUUCUGGGAGUUAAAGGGUUAACUAUCUGUCAUGUUUGACUCUUUACACUGAUAAACCGCUGUUUCCAUGACUUACUUGCUUGUAUUCAAUCUGGUUGUUGUACUGAUCAUCAAAAGUGUGCUCUGGUUGGUAAUAUGAAAUGGCAUAAGGAGGAGAGAAAGGUACAUUGGAUGGCUUGAACUCUGGAACAAGAGGGGAAAGCUUGGAGUCAACAACCACACUGCCAGAAGGCUUUGACCUGAUGUUUGCUAUCUUGGGGACAAAUGCAGGCACAGUAGCUGAAAGUUUGGAACUAGAAACAAGUUCCUGAAAGACAAACACACAUUAAAAAAUGGUUUAACAUUCAAUCCUCCUAGCACAAAGCAGGGCGUAAAUUUUUUUUUUUUUUCUGAUAGCCAAAGUGGUAGCCAGUCAAAAAAAGUUGGUCACCAUUUUUAAAGACAAACAAAACCUUUUUUUGUGCUGUCAGUGUUCUAGAUAGACCCUCCAAAAUUAAGUUAGAAAAAAGAUCUUUAACAUGCUACAAAGUGGACACUAGGAUGGAUAAUAUUCAAUGCUCAAGUUCAUCUAAAUCCAAGAUGGCAUCUAUUAAUUGAUGAGAAGUAUGUGCUGCAUUUUGGAAACAAACUUCAUAAGGAAGUUUGCCGCAGAUUUAUCUUUGCAAAUCUUUUUAAGGGCCUGUUUACAUGGAGGUGGGGGAGCCUAGAUACGUAGGUGAGGUAAUCUGCCUAGCUGUGAUCAAAAAUUAAAAUAUGUUUACAUACAAUCUUAUAACCCCAGGGUGCUGGGGUAAGGUUUCUUGAGGUUGUUGUUGCGUUAGCAAUUAAGGAGUUUGAGCAAAGGUGUCCCAGGCUCACAUCUCCAGAAAGAUGAGAGAUUAAUUCUCAGACACAUAUGUAUUUAUUAAUGAAAGCUUCACGCAUUGUGUUAUGAAAUGUUAGGUUACACAAGGUACUGUUGACUUAAUAUGUCAUAAGGAAUAGUUCGGAAACAAAUUAUGGUUGAUUUACAACGCUAAAUAUUCUGAAAUCUGAACAUUUUACACUCCUUGUGUGUCCGUUGCAGUUUCCAGUGAUUUCUGCCAUGAGAUGGCUAGGAAAUGUACAAAGUUUUAAAACAUGUAUGUUUCACUUUUGAGAUUUUUGCCAUGAACACGACCCUGGCUACGUGGGUUACCCCACCUUGAAAUGUUUUCAUAGCAAAUUGUCACCCCAGCUGACAGGGUUACCCUUCCUGGCAGACCAGGCAACCCGCUUAGGAGGGUUUCCCCACCUAUCAUGUAAACAUGAUCAAGAUAAAAUAAGAAAUUAUAUAGACAGGCAGGUUACCCCACCUAGGUGAGUUACCUCAUCUACUGGGGUCCCCCACCUCCAUGUAAACAGGUCCUAAUUCACAAUAUAUCUCUAGGUAAGUUUAUGAUGAAGCAUUCUAGUUGCCAAUUUGGCGACUAAUUUUCAGGAUUUGGUUGCCAAAGUGAAAAAUUUAGUCACAUUGGAAAUAUACAAAGUUUUAAAAUGUGUAUGUUUCGCUUUUGAGCUCUUUGCCAUGAACACAACCCUGACUAGGUAGGUUACCCCACCUUGAGACAUUUUCAUAGCAAAUUGUCACCCCAGCUGACAGGGUUACCCUACCUGGCAGACCAGGCAACCUGCUUAGGUGGAUUUCCCCACCUAUCAUGUAAACAUGAUCAAGAUAAAAUAAGAAAUUAUAUAGACUAUAGAUAGGCAGGUUACCUCGCCUACCUGGGGUCCCCCACCCCCAUAUAAACAGGUCCUAAUUCAAAAUAUAUCUAUAGGUAAGUUUAUGAUGAAGCAUUCUAGUCGCCAAUUUGGUGACUAAUUUUCAGGAUUUGGUUGCCAAAGUGAAGAAUUUAGUCAAAUUGGUGCCUGUACUAGGUGCAAUUUCACGCCCUGCAAAGUGCAAUAUAUUAAAAGCUAGUCAAACAAAAUUGGAAUAUUUAAGAAUCUGUCAAAGUCGUUUCUCAUGAUUACAAAAAUUAAGCCUAUAACAAAAUUCUUAACAUGACUGGUUAUAACCAGCCUGAUCCAAUCACCAAUAGGGCAGUAUAAUCAUCACGCUCAAAUUUGACAAUAUAUGCAUCAUGGACUGUAUUCUGUGUACACGCUUUUGUUGCAUAUUUCUCCAAGUUUAAUAUUGGUUUUUGUGAAAAUGUACAACCAAAGGUUAGUUUAUUUCCCAAAUUUUAUCAAAUUAUUGAUUAAUUGGUAUUACAGUUCUUCCUGUAGUCUAAUUCUGUCUGUAAUCAGACUCAUAAUUAACAAAUCAGACUCCUGCUUCACAAUCGUCCAAAUAAUAUUUUGUCACUCACUCGGAUGAUUACAGACUGGAUGGGACUCCACUCAGUCCUACAACCAUUACUAAUUGAAUAUUUAACUGCUAACUCGUGAUGGAGACGGAGAGGCAAUGAAUUCUGUAUUUUGAGAAUUUGGAAAGAAAUACCCAUAUGUAAACUAUUUAGCAGAAAGAUUCAAAGCAAAAAGGCUAAGGCCUAGGCUUGAAGGAAUGGUCUAAAUUCAAGUAGUAGCCCAUAAGCUUUAUGGGCACUAACGAGUUGCUCGCGUUGAACAUGUUUUUUUUCAUCGUCAUUGGAGACACACUACCAUGAGGUCGUCACGAUUAUUAAAUUCUUAGUUACAUGACUUUACUACUUCUCCACGAUCAUAAUACGAGUAUUAACCUUUAACUACAUUUCUAUGUGGACCAAAGACAGAGCUCUAGCUCCCCCCAAAAAAUAUUACCCGAGCUAUUCUAAAAGGGAUCUGAAGGUAACACAAAAUCCUUGAUCGAAGGUUGAUUCAUCAAUUGAAAACAAACUGGGAAAUACGAAAACAAACGAUACAAGCUGUAUUAUUCUUACGCUAUUAAUACUAAAAGAAAACCUAUAAAUUACCUCUGACUCCUGAUUUACAUCAGACAUUUGGAAGGUACAAGACGAUCCUAGCGAUUUUACACUCAGCUGAGCUGAACUCCUCAAUUCGUGCAAAAUCGCUACUGUGGAGAGUGGAGGAAAUGUUCCAUAUUUGGUCAACAUAAAGUACCAGUCUCCCACUCGUCUGCUACUUCUGACUAAUUUUUGUUUUCUAUUUUGUUCACUUUUCAUUCCCGUUUAUUCGUAAGUCUGUUGGCACUAAAAUCGUGGCUUGGUAUUCUGGCGAAAUCUCCCCAGUUUUAUCUCAUCAAAUACUGAUAUCCGAGACAAAUGCUCGAUAACUGGUGAUGGAUGUGAAACUUACAACAAAAAAGAACUCCUAAUCGCAGGUUAGCCGAUGGGGUGCUGGUUAUAUGAGCUUAAAAUGGGAUGAAUCAAAAUCUUGUCAUUUAACUACUUAGGUGUUAGCGUAAAAAAGAGCAUUUCGGUUGUGUAUAUGCCGAAAAUUUCAAAAGGGUGUUAUUUGCUUUAAAUUACGACUGUAAUGGAAAUUUCAACCUUUGUCGGUAAACUUUGCAUCAACAUACUAGAAAAAAAGGGGGCCUUUUUUCAUGACCUUCUCACCUUCUCUUCUCACCUUCUCCUCCCAUGCACCAUUAACUCCUCAGAAGAGGGCAUCAAGGCCACAUAGAUACUGGAAAACCGGCCGAAAUUUCAUCAACAUCGAAAAAUCAUUGAAAAAAAUGACCAAGCCGAGGUCCUGCCUCGAACCAGUAAACAAGAGCAAACCAGGCAAACAACUGAACAACAAGAGCCAAAAAGCUCAGCUUUUAGUUUAAAAACCGUUAUAAUGACGGGGAAAUCGAAACAUAAACAGAAUACACAAACAGAAAAACCGAAAAAUGGGAGCAAAAACCGUGAAAGACUUCGGAAAACCGAGGUCGCUUCGUCGGGUUGUAUGCAAUAUACUUGGACUAAUAGUGGCGAGGCAACUUCCAAAUUAUGAAAAAAUUACAUUUGGCAACUUGGACUUACUUUUAAAUAAGCUUGACAAACUGUACAAUGGUAUGAAAAGUUUUCAUGAAUUUAUUUUUUCUCAGGGGGCACGGUAACGAAUCCUGCAAUCUGAUUGGUGUAAAAAGAGUUCCGUUAAGUUAAAGAAAAAAAUUUAAAAUAUUAUUCACCAGCCUGGUCGGUCCGUAUUGGGGAAAACUGUGCCCUCUGCCUUCAAUACCACCAUCGGCCUACGACCUUGGGCGGUACUCAAGUCCUAGGGCACAGUUUUUCCCAGUACGGACCUCCCGAAUAACAUAUACAUCUUUACUCAGAACUAUUACUAUCUAUCAUCUGAUCAAGGGAGCUGCAGGCCGUAAGACCAACAUAUUAGCUGUGGUUUCCUAAAGGAACCCAAUGUUGUUUUCCAGUGCGUAACACGUGGUUUUCCAUACACAUUUUAUCUCUCGCCCCAUCAACAAAUUACGUUUUUCACUUUUUCCUCUUAGAAAACACGCCGUUCUUUGAAAGGUAUUUGUGUUCUGUACAUCAGGAUCAGUUUUCAAAACAAAUGAUCCUUCACUUGGCAACAAGCUCCGACAAAGCGAAACUUUGGUCUCAGAGCCCCCAAAAGAGCUGGUAAAAUAGAAGUAAAAAUGGAAUACAUGAACAGAAAAACAGAAGACUGGGAGAAAAAAACGAGGGAUACUAAGGAAAACUGGUGUCAGUUUAGAGUAAAAAAACUGACGUUUCGAGCAUUAGCCCUUCGUCAGAGCGAUAUCGCUCUGACGAAGGGCUAACGCUCGAAACGUCAGCUUUUUUACUCUUUACGGUAGCCAAUUUACGUUUUCAACUCAGUUGUUAACACUAAAUUACCUCCUAUACUCUCCCACCGACGCAGCACCACAGUUUCUUUUAGAAACUUAUCCCCUUUAUUCUGGUGUCAGUUCGUCGCGAUGUGGCUUUCCGCAUCGGCAAAAAAGGGAAGAUAAAAAAAGAAAGUAAAGAGAAACAAAGACAGAAAGAAUAUGUUUAUAAAACAGAAGAAAAGGAUAGAACAGCCUUAGAAACUUUUAGUGAUGACCAAUUUACAUUAUCAACCUCAGUUGAUAAAACCAAGUUAUCUUGUUGAACCCUCCCCCAUCACCGACGCAGCACAACAGUCUCUUUACAUCCUUACCCCUAUACCCAGAACAAAAGAAUACUCGAUUUCGGAAUCAUGUCUAUUUUUAGAGGCUGAUAUGAACGAAACAUUCUUGGUGCUGGCGUAUGUGGUCACGAGCUUUUGCAGCAAGAUCUAAUCACACGACGUCUCACACGACGAGCAUAUUGCUUUCGCUUUCGGCUCCUAGGUAACGUUACAUAAAGGGUAAAAUGUUAAAAAUAUAUGAACAAAAAGGUCACUAAAACCACGAAGAACAAUCGGAAUAUCGGAAUAACUUGGACUGUGAUUGAUCUGCAUGCGAAGAUUUGAAAAUCGCUGCGAAAGUAGCGGGAGAAAUUGGAGUGGAAACCGAAAUAUGUUAAUUAGUAAGUUCCCAGGAAAUACAGCUGUCCAUUAUUCGUUACUUUAAUGUCUCUCAGCAAAAAUUGCCAUUAUUUUAAUGAUUUAAAUGAUUAUGAAGAAUUAAUUAUUUACACAUUCUACAGAAAAAAGAAAAUUACCUUGUCUGCACGAAACUGCAGGAAUAAUUAUCGAUACGCUUAUAGAAAUUUACUUCCGAGGCAAUGGUGGAAACAUCCAUGUGAUGAAAAAUUAAAUUACGUUUGGCAAGAGUUCAACAUGGCAUCACUUUUGAAAAAACUCGAAUAACUAUCCAAUGAUAUAUGACCAUUUUAGCUAAUAUUUAUAAUCAAAAUAUUGCUAUCUUUCACGAUCGAGGGAACUACUAAAAGAGCUGUAGGCCGCAAAAUCCAUUCAUUAGGUUUGGUUAAAUUAGGGAAACCCAAUAUUAUCUUUCCCGUACGUAAAAUGUGGUUUUCCAACCACCUUACAUCACCUGCCCUAUCAGCAAACGUUUCAAAAGUUCACUUUCUUCUUGUCGUUGCUGGACGACAAUUAAAUUCGGCUGGUCCGUUUUAGACAACUUUAUUCACGGGUUUUACACUCACAACAACACCGCUUUUUUCCGCUCACGUUACUACAAACUCAACUUAUCUCAUCUCACACACGCGCACGCGGCCCCUAGUAACGAGCUGCUACGCGGCUAGAAAUGAAAGUACACGAAGCGGGAGGGACACUUCUCUUAGAGAAAAAAGCGCCUUUCUUUAAAAGUUAUUAGUGUUCUGUACAUCAGCGUGAGUUUUCAAAACAAAUAAUGUGUCACCUGGCUCCCACUGGUGGGAAGUAUUUUCCAAGCCCAAGAAACCGGUACUAAACCGUUUUCAAAAUAUCAUUUAACAACGAAGAAGGCACGCCAUCGAAACUGCUUUGUGGAAAACUCUGGCGACCAGAUGUUCCAUGAUCGGUGUAUUUUAAGGAAGAAACAGUUUGCGUUGUAAACAAGAAGUCUUUAAAAGCAAUGCCACCUUUAUCGCACAAAGAAUACAGCAGGGCGGAGAGAUUAUCUUUGAGCUUGCUGUGUAGGGAAAUAAGACAAAUUUAAAUCUAAGCUAUGCGCGUAAACUCCUUUUCUUGAGUUCUUUUGGGGGUGCCCUGAAAACACGAUAACAAUUCAGUUAGCCGACGUAUAAUUUACUCAUUAUUCAUUGUCACCUUUUCUUAUUCACAAAAAUAGAAAGUUCCUCAUCCUCCAAAAAGAGCUUCACAAAAAACGACGACAACGUUCGCCUGCAGUUUCUUCAGACACUAUGUAAAGAGGCAUGUCUGAUAUGCAAUACAAAAUCUCUACUUUAAACUGGAUUGAGAACCCGCUAAUAUCGCCUUUUCACAGCUGGAAAACUUUGUUUGAUAUUACAUUGUCAAAUAAUCAAAGCCAAUUUAAAAUUCAUAUUUAGGUGGUGCUUACAGCCGAAAGCCAAUCGGCGUGAAAUAUAACUGGUGUAAUUUACAAUUUUCGAUUAAGGAGAUGAAGGGGUUAUUGAUUUUUUUAUGGCGGGGUCUUUUAAGUCAGAUAUUGUUCUACCUUCCAAGCAAAACUUGAAAUAACAAAAGGUUUCCUUUUGACUUGUAAAAAUCUUAAACUAUUUCGAGGUCGCUUUCUAGGAAACAUGAUCGGCAAACACCUUCAAAAUCCUUAAAAAGAUGAAGGAAGAAAAAAGCGCAAGAAACAUUCAAAGUUUUGGAAAACGUUAAUCAGUAUUCAAAAGGGAAACCUAUCAAUUUUACGUCAGAUUAUUUACUCAGAUGAUAGUGUUGGUGUCGUCAUGAAUAUUCACUUUUCCACGUGCUUUCGUUUUUAUUCGCACGUUUGAGCGAGUCAGGGCUAUUAUUGUUCCAUUAGCCUUCACCCUGAGGCGACCACGUUGGAUAUUCUGGUGGUAUCAAUAGCGGAAAGGGUCUUGUCUUUUUGCUUCAUUUAACAGUUUGGGAACUGUCUGAGGGGCAAUGGCGAUAAAGGUGUCUGUUGCUGGUUUGUUUUGUUUCUGCUUUUUAAUAGUUCUUGCAUCAGCGUCUCUGGCGGCCGAUAUCGACCUAUGUGGUGUCGGUAAAAUUGAAGGUAAAAAUUUAACCCUGGCGUUGAACUUCACCGAAGAGAAUGCCAUGAAAAACGGCGGAGAAUGUAGCCGUGUUGUAUUUCUAGAAUCAGCGCGGGUAAAACUUGUGGUCGAGCAAUUGAACCUCGCUAAUGGAGCGGUCUUCAAAAUAUACGACGGCCCAAGCCCUGAAAAAGGCCAACUUCUUGGUUUAAAAGCGGACAAUGGGUUGCCACUGACGUACCUUACCACGAGUAACGCUUUGUUCAUUAUGUUCAGAGAUAGCCAAAAAAAGGAAGGGCCUUCGAGUUUUCGCGGGAAAGUCGCUCCGGAACCUUAUCAGCACAUGUGUCUCUGUCGGUCUGUAGAUAAUGGAACUCUAGAGUGUUCUGAGAGUGAUCGCGAAAGAAGUUGUAAAGUAAAGUGUCAACCAUCAUAUAUGGACUUGUCAAUAAGUAAAGAAGUGAAGUGCGAUCUCGUGAAAGGAGAAUGGGAUAUUGAUAUUCAUAACAUGCACAUCGCUUGUCAGAAGGUGCAAAGCCCAUUACAAAUCAAAGCGCUGUUGCAGUUCGAUUACGUUAAUGCAACUUGUAAAGAUGCUGACUCGGAAAAAAUAAAAAGUGCCUUCAGGUUGUCCAUGGAACAAAACAAUGACGUAAAAACCAAGGGUGUGUGUUUUGCUCCUGGUGGUGAUGAAAAUGUGGAUUGCAAGGGGAAGAAACUUCAAGUGAACUGCACUGGUGACAAGCCAGCCAGAAUGAUAAUAACAAUUACAGACCGUGUAACAAAACCUCCAACUUUAAAGGAAGCCAAUGUGAAACUUCAAGAGCUGAUCACAGCAUACAAAAACUUGAACCUUGAUAAUGUUUUGAACUCCAAAGAUUUAGUCAUGAAUAAUGGAAGUGACUCAUUCACUCCAGAUAAGGCAUCAGCUUCUAUAAAGGUAACACCUCUAUGUGAUAAUCUACAACACUAUAUUAAGGUCCCUGGUAAUGAUACAUCUUUUGUCUGUUCCACCUGCCCACUGCACCAUGCCUAUAACACAUCUACCCACAUGUGUGAGGAAUGUCCCUCCGGAAGUAGAGCAUCUUCUGGUGCAAUCUCCUGCACAAAGAGUGACAGCACCAUGAAGAUGACCCCCAUUAAGACUCCAUGCAAUAGUGCGUGCAUGAAGGGAAGACAUGUGGAUUCGAACUCUAAGAUGUGUGAAUGGUGUCCACAGGAUACUUACCAGAACUCUUCAACAAGGCUUAACCCCACAUGUAUGCCUUGUCCUGAUCAAAAGAAGACCAGCUUUCCAGGAGCACAGAGUGUAGGGGAAUGUCAUGACCCUUGUUCAUCAGGUUCCUUCUACAACACAUCUAGUGGUGCUUGUCAGAGUUGUGCUAUCGGUUCUUACAUUGAUGUUGACAAUCAUGCACUCACCAAGUGCAAGACCUGUAGUGUGGGUAAGACAACCAGAGCAACUGGCAGCAAAGACAGCAGUGACUGUUACACAAGGUGCCCACCAGGCCAGUUUUACAACUCAGAUUCAAAACAGUGUACUCCUUGUGGAAAAGGUAAAUAUCAAGACAAGACGGGCGAAGACACUUGCAUGGAUUGUCCUAUGAACAAAACAACUCUGAAUCCAGGAUCAAAAAGUUCUGCUGAAUGCAUUAUGUUAUGUGGACCAGGACAAUUUCUUAUGGAAUCUAAUGGAAAGUGUGAUGAUUGUCCAAUGAAUACAUACCAGGAUAUUAAUCAGCAUCAAAACAAGACAUGCAAGUCCUGCGGACCAGACAAAAUCACAAAUGCAACAGGGAAAUCUAGCAUUUCUCAGUGCUUUGAGAAGUGUAGCAAGGGCCAGUUCUUAAACAAGUCUUCCACCAAGUGUAAAAGGUGUCCUGCAGGAGAGUACCAAGAUCAGCUGGGUCAAGAGCAGUGUAAAAAGUGUCCACCAGGUCAUUACCAAGAUCUAACAGGCCAAGAGCAGUGCAAAAAGUGUCCAGCAGGCAAGUACCAAGAUCUAACAGGCCAAGAGCAGUGCAAAAAUUGUUCUACAGGGGAGUACCAAGAUCUACCAGGCCAAGAGCAGUGCAAAAAUUGUUCUACAGGGGAGUACCAAGAUCUACCAGGCCAAGAGCAGUGCAAAAAUUGUUCUACAGGGGAGUACCAAGAUCUACCAGGCCAAGAGCAGUGCAAAAAGUGUCCAUCUGGGGAGUAUCAAGAUCAGCCUAGCCAAAAGCUGUGCAAAAAGUGUCCAUCUGGGGAGUAUCAAGACCUACCAGGCCAAGAGCAGUGCAAAAAGUGUCCAGCAGGCAAGUACCAAGAUCUAACAGGCCAAGAGCAGUGCAAAAAUUGUUCUACAGGGGAGUACCAAGAUCUACCAGGCCAAGAGCAGUGCAAAAAUUGUUCUACAGGGGAGUACCAAGAUCUACCAGGCCAAGAGCAGUGCAAAAAUUGUUCUACAGGGGAGUACCAAGAUCAGCCAAGCCAAAAGCUGUGCAAAAAUUGUCCAUCUGGGGAGUACCAAGACCUACCAGGCCAAAAGCUGUGCAAAAAGUGUCCAUCUAUCAGGCCAAGGGCAGGGCAAAAAAAAAAAGUGCUACAGGAAUCAAGACAAAAAUUGUUCUACAGGGGAGUACCAAGAUCAGCCAGGCCAAAAGCUGUGCAAAAAGUGUCCAUCUGGGGAGUAUCAAGACCUACCAGGCCAAGAGCAGUGCAAAAAAUGUGCUACAGGAAGGUACCAAGAUCAGACAGGCCAAGGGCAGUGCAAAAAUUGUUCUACAGGGGAGUACCAAGAUCAGCCAGGCCAAAAGCUGUGCAAAAAGUGUCCAUCUGGGGAGUAUCAAGAACAGACCAGCCAGGAGUACUGUAAAAAGUGUCCUGAAGGUAAAACCACUGAAAACAAGGGAACUGAUGAUUCUAAAGCAUGCAUAACUAUUGAUGUAAAGAGCAAAUUUGAAUUGUCUCUUAGAUUUGCUUCUCUUUCUUGGAGUGAAGAACUUAAAGAGGAAGGGAGCAUGAAAUACCAAGAGACAAAGGCAGUCAUUGAGAAAGCAAUCCAAUUUGAGUUCCGCUAUGAUCAAUCAUUCAAGAGUGUUGAGGUAACCAACCUAAAGAAAGGCAGUGUCAUUGCAGAGUUUGAUGUGAGCUUCAAUGACAAAGCUGAUUACAAUCCUGUAAAAGUUCUUCAGGAGGCAGUAGAUAAAGGUCACGUAGGAAACUUGACAGUUUCUCCACAGUCAUUGAAUAUUCUUCAUCAACCAUGCCAUCAACCUCUAGGCAUGGAAAAUGGUCAAAUCAAGAACAAGCAAAUUACAGCAUCAACAUUCUUCAAACAUCAUGAGCCAUCUGAAGCCAGACUGAAUGCAGAAGGAGGGCGGGGCUGGCAUGCUAAGUAUUUCAAGAAGACGGAGUACUUGCAGAUUGACUUUGAGAGCGAGGUCAACAUCACAGGUGUGGCCACACAAGGAGUAUCCUCUAAAGGAUAUUUUUAUGUGACAGAAUACAAGCUUAAUAUGAGCAAAGAUGGAAUUGUGUGGCAUGAAUACACUGAAAAUAACAAAUCAAAGGUAUAAUGCUAUACACUAAAAUGAUGCAUUUAUGUUCAAAUUCUUCCUUAGUGCAAAAAUUUACAGACCUGUUUAAAUUAAAUUUUGAUUCCCUUGUCUGAUGACCUCAAAUACCAUACUCUGAAAUAGGAGAAAACUGGUUUGGAAACUUUUAAUCCAAAGAAGAAAGAUGAAGCACAACAAAUGCAACCAAACUGUCACACCUUUGAUGGAUGAUAAAGCUAACAUUAACUUAGUUUAAAACCUUUCCCUUCCUUGACAAAUCACACCCUAAUGCAUAAUUGUUUCCUGUUAAUACCCUAUAUUAAUGUAAACUGUUUGGGAAAUUUGGAAUACAGGUAGUGUUACCUAUACAGUAUAACUUGUCCUAGAUGUUUAAAAGGAUGGAUUUUGAUGUUCAUUGGAUAAAUAAUUAUUGCAAGUUAAUAUACCUGCCACAAACUCAUUGUCCACAGUGGAUGUUAGUUAUACAAGUCAUAAUUACACCAGUUUUAAAACAAUAUUAUCUUGUUACUCCUGACAAUUAGCAAUAUUUUUAAGAUUAUAUGGUCUAAUCCAUCUCCCAUAGUUCGUUUUGCUUAUAUAGGUACCAAUGGAGUACAUAGAACGUUACAGCUCCUAGGUGCAAACCAUUACUAAAUAAUAUUUUGUUUAUGAUAGGUUUUCAACGGUAAUAAUGAUGCAGAAACUGCUGUGAGAAACGACUUUGCACCAUCUGUGCAGUCUCGGUUUAUCCGAUUUCUGCCUCAAAAUUGGAACAAACGCAUUUACAUGCGUGUUGAGGUCUAUGGCUGCAAGCCCAUCAACCUGCCUGUUCCAUCACCUACAACUGAAGCAGAUGUUGCUGCAGUGACAGCGAAAGAGGAAAAGUGGCCAUGGGGAGCAUAUCUUGGCAUCGUGUUUGCAAUCCUGCUUGUCAUUGGAGUUGUGGUUGCUGUCAUCUGCUGGAGGAAAAAGAGCCAAGAAAAGAGAGAGGAAGCUGGAACUGAUGAAGCUCUGAUGGGAAUGAGGAAGCAUGGUGAUGGAGAGUACAGAGUCAUCGAGAAAAAUGCUGCAGAGCCUGACGAAUAUGAUGAAAAUGUAGUUUGAGUCAAAUUAUCAAAGACACAAAGAGUUGAUAAAAGAGGCAAUAUAACUUGCGCCUUUUCAAAGACAAAAAUAGUUUAGUCAUUAUAAAGUUAUGUCUGUCAAACUCAACAUAGGAUCUGUUUUUUUUCAUAUCAAUAUUAACUUUUGAUUGUUUCUUAGAUAGUGAAGUACCCUGUGUAACAGAUGCUUGACUUGACAGGGUGUAAUGGUGAUUUAACUUAAAAGAGUACACAGGCACAAGAGACAGAGUACUGCUUUUCUCGCCAAGCUCUAGCUGCUCGAUAGGCUAAUGUGUAACAAAUUAUAUUACAUUUAUAUUAAAUUAUGAACAUAAUUUUUACCAUUAACAGCUAAUAUCUGAAAACUAUGCAGAAGACCUCUUGCAGUCAACCAGACAUCUUGUUCCAGAUACAAGAAACUACGUCAAUAUUUUGUCUCCUUGGUUACUGGCCCUCCUUGCCUCAUUUCAGGGUGAAGAUUCUUUCAAAUUUCAAAGAUGACAAAGAAUCACAGUAAUAAGAGAAUAAGGAAAAAAGUCACCAUUUUGGAGUAAGAUUUAUAAUGGCUGUCAACAACCAGUUACAAGGAGACAAAGUAAAGAAAACAACUCAAUGAUGAUGAUAAUUUUCCCUGAAAAUCUAAACGUCGUUUUUCAUUGCUUAAAUGUUUUUCUUGUGGUUUUUAGUAUAGAAACUUUUGUUUGUUCUGACUGAAGUUAAUUCACAUUUCCUAUUUUCCAUUUCAUGUUGCAAAAAUAGGGACUUUUCAAUUGAAAGGAGUUUGGCAUGCCUGUGAUCUUACAAGAGGGCAAUAAAGUCUAGUGAAAAUGACAAAAAAAAUGAAUAACAAAGUAUCAUUGUGGUUUCCAGCUUAGAUCUUAGGCCAUAUAAAUCAUACAAUUUGCAAAAGAAGUUUUGGUCCAUAUUAUCCCUUAAAUUUGUAGACUGCAAUUCCCUGAAAUAAAUGCAAUUUGAGAGUUGGUCAAGAUUUAAUAUUUGUUUACUUAACCCUUAACUCCCGCAAGUGAUUAGCAUGUAAGAUCUACACAUUAUCCAGCCAACAUGUCAUGAGAAUACAAAAAGUUAUCAAGUAGAAGUUAGUAGUCUUGAUCUAAGACCAAAUUCUCAUGACUUAUUAACAAGGCAACGAGUAGCAGCUAGAGAGAAGAAUUAAAAUCAGAUCUUGGGAGUUAAAGGGUUAAAUGGAAAAGACAAGUAUGUAAUGAUACUAACUUGAAGACAGACGUUUUCUUCUCUAUUUCACAAUUAGAUAAUUCGUUCUCCAUUUCUAUCGAUAGAUGAUGCAUGCGAAGAACCAAUCAGUAUGAACAUAGAAAUCGAGAGCGAAUAGUAUAUUUUAAUAUUUUGGUAUAAAUGUGGAAGUUGUUCCACACGUAACAACAUGUCAGGCAUUCUCCUGUCCCAAAAAAUUGUUAUCUUCCACCAGGUCUGUCAAAGUAUCAUAUUUUAGAGUUAUAGCAACUGCUUUCCGAAGAUUACUUGAGGUAAAGUUGACUUUUUUGUGACGGAAAGUGAGAUUAUUUUGAAAGCUAACUUUCUAAAUCUAUAUGAAACCUCACAGGUAACUGUCUGGCUUAAAAUUAAAUGAAGUGAUCGUUACAUACCUUACAUUGCUAUGGUGUAACUCGCAACGAAACGAACACAAUUAUUCGUGUUGCGUGACCUACGUGAAUUUCGUUUUAAAAUUGCGCGACAAGAAUGAUAUCUUGAAAACUGAUAAUGUUACGAAUUAUUUGAAUGAAGCUUGGUGAAAGUAUUUUUUUGCAUGUUGAGUAAAAGUAUUUUUGCCAUAAAAAAAGGACUACUUCGAUCGGAAAAAUAAUCAACGAGUCACUUAACGCCUUCCUAGCAAAAAUUGUGUAUCGUCUGACGUCCCAAGACUGCCGCCUCGUUAAUACCCUGCGUGCCACGUGGUAGUGUCACAUGUUCAUCUUUAGCAAUCGCUCAGACGCUAUCAUGGCGACCGGUGAGUUAACGUGUCGAUCCGCACGUUUUGCAGUUUUCCAUAUUUUAUCUUUAUUUUUCUUCUUCAGUGAAAAGCCAGUACGCUGCUCAAAUCAAGCCCCUUUCACUUAAAUGUGGCGACUAUCAAUACUUCGAUGUCGCCAGUUUAAACGAGGAAAGAUACGGUGAGGGAUAUUCAAAUUAUUAUUGACAACUCGUAGUGCUGAAAAAUUUAAAAUUUCAAGUUAAGUUCCAGAAAUGACUUUGUAUACUCGAAUUUGGGAAAUUUAGACAAAUGAUUUAAGGUUACAGAAGUGAUAUGUAUAAAAUUUGAUUUGUAGUCUUGGCUGAAAUAUGCCAAAAGAUUCGCGAACCCUUGAAUUUUGAAGAUGGCUUAGGGAAAAGUUGAAUGAGUUUGAACUAUGACCCUCAGGAUUCAUGACUAUUCAUCUGACUAUCAUUUGAAUAGCAUCAUUUCUAUUGCUUCAACAAUUUGUUCUCAAAUUUCUAGUUUGGUAGGUAGGUUGAUGAUUAUUUUGAUCGCAAUUUGUUUGUAUUCUGUUCGGCUCACUCUAUGCGGAAAAUACCAAUAUUAACUAAGAUCCCUCUCUUUUGUUAGAAGUUUUGUGUUGCAUGAUCAUACGAUAUCGGGGUCUAAAUACCCAUAACUGCACGAAUAUCGUACCAGUAUCGACUAGUCGGGGUCAAAGUAUAUGUGACUCUCUGUAUGCGUUAUUCUUCUCUCGUAAGUAAUUGAAGUACACUUGUACGUAGCUGGAUUUACUAAUUAACCAAUAAGUUUCACAAUUCCGUGCGUCUGUUCAGUAAUAGAUCACAUAUGACGUCAAAAUGUGGUUAGAACAAAAAAGACACACUUGAGGUGGAACCAAGUGUAUCACUGAUUUUCCUACCACAUUUUGACACCUACCAUGAUCUACUGAACAGAACCACUAUUUGUUUUACAUAAUAAAAGAAGUAAUGUGUUUAUGGUACUGAUGUCAUCAAUGUGUCUGCCCUCUAAUAGAUCAUAAAUAAAAUCCUUGUUAACUGAGUGUAUAAUUCAGCUUAAGAUAAAAAUUUCAGCUCUAACGUGGGAUUUUGAUUUAACAGAAAUCAAAGGUUGCAUGAAAUUUGAGUAGUAGAAGAACAAGUUGACAUUUUUUAAAAAAUAUUUAUUUGAUAUACCAUCCCAUAGCUCGCCUACCAUAUUCAAUCAGGGUACUAUUGGAAUCUGCUGUUCGUAACUGCGAUGGCUUCCAAGUGAAGUCCAAGGAUGUAGAAAACAUUUUGGACUGGGAGAAUAACCAAAAACAAAGUGUUGAAAUCCCAUUUAUGCCAGCAAGGGUAAUCCUGCAGGACUUCACGUAAGUCAUGGAAUUUUUCUUUUUGGAAUCAUGUCUGGUUUUGGAAAAAUUUCUCAUGUCUUGACCUGUUGGCAUUCUUUCCAUAAUUCGAGCAGAUUGUUGAAAGUUAAUAGUUUUCAACUUUUCCAAAGAAGACAUACUUUUGAAGAGAUUGACCAACCUUCUCUGAGUACUGAAGUUAGUAAAUAAAGUGUGAGAGACUAACUUUUAGGUUACCUGAGCUAUUUUAUGCUCAACUGUACGGCUGUUACACUUUAUUUGAUAGAUUCUACUUUUACUUCACAAUAGUCCCUUCUUCUGUACAUUUCUUACUGAGAACCCUUUGUUCAGAUUUUUACCUUGCUUCAAAUAAAUGCCCUUCCCCCCUUGCUCUAUAAGUUUAAUAAUACUCUUAAACUACUUUCCUGCUAAUAGUGGCACCUUCCCCUCCCCCCUCUCCUACAGUUAAAGAUACCACUUGUUAUUUACUUUUUGGUGUUUGUGUUUUAGAGGGGUUCCUGCAGUGGUUGAUUUUGCUGCUAUGCGAGAUGCUAUUAAAAGACUUGGAGGAGACCCAGCCAAAAUUAAUCCACUUUGUCCCGUUGACCUGGUGAUUGACCAUUCUGUACAAGUUGAUGUUUCAAGAAGGUAUGACUACAAUAAUUUGUGUAAACAAUUAAGUGUUUUGUUAAUAUUAAAACUAGAUCUUAACAAGCUGUAUUUUUCAAUUCACUGACUGUUAAACCAACUAUGUGCCUGGCUUUAAGUGAACAAUUAGAAAAAAAUACAGGAACAUCUUAGGAAAAGCAACAACCCAUUGUAUUUUAAAAAAUCAGAAUUUAAAAAAAAGUAUAAUUAUGUUGUGGUUAGUUCUUAAUCUCAGGGGCAAAAAAAGUCUGGAGUUUACUCUUGAUUGCCAUCCAGCUUUGAUUAUGAUGAUAAGGGUUUGGAGAGAAACAAAUUAAAGAAAUCUUCUCAGCAGAAAGUUUGCCCCUUGAUAUUCAAAAUGAUCUGCAAGAAAUGGGUAACUGUUUUUUUAAUAACUUUGUGAGAGUAUGAAACAAAGAAAGCAAUCAAAUCACAGUAGAGAGUUUCAGUCUGGUGGGCAAACCUGAUAUUAAUAUAACAAUAGAAAUAGUGUUGAUCACAUUGUUUCUGGAGUAUGCUGAGUCAUCUUGUGUAUAAUUUAAUAUAGGAUUAAUAUGCUUUAUUGUUUUUAUUUUUCUCUGCUUGCAUAUGUCUGUACUUAGACCUACAAAAAACUGAAAACUGGAUCACAUGUUAUGCUGUUUUUUUUUUUUUUUUUUUUUGGUUUACGUGUGACCCCUUAACCCUUUAACCACCAGGAGUGACUAGCAUCUAAUUUGUCCUCACAAUAUCAUCCCUAAAUCAUACAUUAAGGUCGCAAGUAUAAUUGACAUGAUCAACAAGUACAGGAGCUCUUUAUUUCUGGCAAAUUCUCCUUGUCAACACCUUUGGAAACUUAUACAAAACAGUAUGAAGAAUAUGCAUAUGAUUGUAGAGUGUAAAGGAUUAAAGAGCUAGUUGUCCUUUACCCAUAACAACAGAGGGUCAAAUGAAGUCUUCAAAACUUGAUUUCAAGUUUCUUUAUGCAACAAAUCAGAAUCUCUGAUGUUGUUUUUUCAGUCAAAGUCGUUUGUUUGAUCCAGGGGGCAACUGGCUUAAGAAGGACCAUCCAUGUCCAUUUCAUUUGAUGCCCACUGACUGGUGCGAGGCCACCCUCUCUUUUUUUUUUCUUUGCGCAAAACAAACUUAGUAACAUUUGAGUGUUUGAGUAUUGUUAGAAGGUUUACCUUUCUGCAACAAAUGUUUCUGUUACAGCUGAAUUUAAUUUUGAUUGCAGGUAAAUUUCACUACCUAUUGUAGUGUAAGUCUGUUCUUAAUUUUCUUGUCCUCUAGCCCUAAUUUUAAAUUAAUAGACUAUGGAGGCAAUGGAAAUUAAGGAUCACCUUUUUUUUUUUACCUGCAUACACAUCAUUUAGACUAAAGGUGGCAGUGUUCUUUGGACUUGAGACUUUGUGAACUUUGUUAAGUCAGAUGGGUGGAAAUGAUUUUUUUAAUUCUAGAUCAAAUUCAGAUGUUGAAAGAUUUGAUAAGUGGCCAUAAAUUCCAAAGUGAAAAAAAAUUUGCACAACAUACAUGUUAACUGGGAAUCCAGAAAUAUAUUCAAAAGAAAAAAGCUAUAGUUUUUCUCCCCUUAGGUGUACGUUUACAGCUAUUAUAGGUGAUACUUAAUAUUACAAAAUGUCUGUACUUUUUCUUUCUCUAGCUCUACAGCCCUGCAGAAGAAUCAAGAAAUGGAAUUUAACAGGAACAAAGAAAGGUUUCUUUUUCUGAAGGUAAUCAAAAUUUUAGGUAAUAUUCCACCAAAUUUUUUGCUUUAUGUAUAGUACACUACUUUUCAUAGAUUACUCCAAGGAAAGAUUUUCAGUGUGGCACUCUGUUACUUUGGGCAUUAGAGCCUAUACACUGUCCAUAAUAAGUGUACCAUUUGGCCACAAAGUGUCUUGAUAGCUUUGUGAAUAUUUCCUUUCUUCAUUACUUUCUUUGUUUUAUUUUCAGUGGGGAUCAAAAGCUUUCAAGAACAUGACAAUUGUUCCACCUGGUUCGGGCAUAGUUCACCAGGUAUGUCUUAUCAAAGCACGCUUCUUAAUUGAAAUCAGUGUUGUGCAGUUAAUUGAACUUAUAACAAGCAACUGAUAAUUGCCGCAGUGAUUUUGUAACAUUAACCAGUAUAAAUUAGCUGUAUAUGCACUAUAGAAGCCAGUAAGCAUUCAAGUCUGUGGCAAUUCAGCUAAAUUCUAACUAGAGUACACUCACCCUUGAUCAAAAACUUGACUACUCAUGCUCUCAAUUUGUAAGCUAUGGGAACUUUUUUACUCUUGUGAAUUGAUUACUAUUAAUCGCGCAACUGCUCUGGUUUCUGUUUCAGGUCAACUUGGAAUAUCUUGCCCGUGUUGUCUUCAACAUGGAAAAAUUUUUAUAUCCUGACAGUGUUGUUGGAACUGAUUCACAUACAACAAUGAUCAAUGGACUUGGAAUUGUGGGAUGGGGUGAGACAUUUUUCCUUGAGUAUGCCUUGUGUUUCAGUUUUUUUCUUACAAAGUUAGAAAGAGAAAGAAGGGGAAAAGUUGUGUUAAGUACUUUCAAAUUGUUGCCUCAAACCCUGAGUUUUUGUUUGUUCUUGAACCCUUUACACCCUAAUGUCAGUAUGCAUAUUCUCCAUACUGUUCUCUAUAAAUUUCCUUGGGUGCUUACAAGAAGAAUUUGUUCAACAAUCCUGAGUUUCUUUUGGUGACGGUUUCCUUUAUUCUCAAGACCUUUAUGAGUGAUUUGAGAGUGUUAUUGUAAGGAGAAAUAGUAUGCUAGUCACUCUUAGGUGUCAAAGGGUUAAGGGAUCUUGGGUUAGCUGAAAAAAAUUAACUGCAGAAGUGAAUCUUUUUUCAAUUUUGCCACAUGUACCCUUUAAAUAAGUCAUACCUACAAGAUUUAUGUAGACACUUGAAGGCUGUUAGUAACUCUAUUGCCUGUAAAUAAUCAUGCAAGAAAUUAAAUAAUAUGUAAUAGUGAGCUCUAGGUAGGAAGUGCUGCUCAAGUAAGAAUACUUAAAUUUACAAUUUUCUCAUUUGGAAUAAUUCAUAUCAGGUGUUGGAGGUAUUGAAGCUGAAGCAGUCAUGCUGGGUCAGGCCAUUAGUAUGGUACUGCCAAAAGUUGUGGGAUAUAAGCUGACUGGAAAAGUAAAGCAAUUCAUCACUUCUACUGAUGUUGUUCUCACUAUCACCAAGGUAAACAUUACAUACUAAGUAAACAUCUAUCAAGAAUACUUUUCUAAUAUAAAUUUAAGAGUUUAUUCUGGUUUGGUGAACAUGAAAUGGCUAAAUCAAAAUGAGGGCUCAGUUUUCAGUGGAAAAAAAAUACUUUUUUGGUACAAUUUUAGGCAAGCAAUGAUGAUAACAGAGCUGAACCUGCGUCUUUUUAAAUUCCUAAUUAGCUAGGCCUCCUAUAUCACCAGGAGCUAAGUUCCCCUCUCUUUGUGAGAAGUGUGUGGGUUCCUUAAUGUCCCCCAUUAACCAGCACAGAGAAGAUGCAGGAGAUGGGGUCAAGGGUUUAUAAUCAUUAUCUGAGAAGACUAGAAUGUCUAACCAUUUGCUGAUGUCAUAGCAAAGGCAGCACAUUCCCCUCAGUUAUUAUAGGACCCUGAGUGUAUGUCUGGUCUGGGGCUUGAGCCUUUGACCUCCGUAUGCCAGUUCAGCUACCUACAACAUGAGCUAACCAAUUGUGGUCUAUUGUACAUACAUUCAUGUAAACAGGUUUAUGAAAUAACAACUGAACAAUGACAAAAACGAGAAUGUCAUAACACCCCUUACUGCUUUGUUGAAGGCCUUUGCUCUCUUGAUGACAGAGGAGUGUUUCAUGUCUUGCAGCAUCUUCGCCAAAUUGGUGUUGUUGGGAAAUUUGUGGAGUUUUUUGGACCAGGAGUGAGUCAUCUGUCUAUAGCAGAUCGUGCCACCAUUGCCAACAUGUGCCCAGAGUAUGGUGCAACUGUUGGUUUUUUCCCUGUGGAUGAGAAGAGCUUGUUGUAUCUCAGACAGACAGGUAAAAUGUUCGGAAAAAAUUUUAUAAUGAUAUUGAUAUCUUAUCCAAAUACUGACCAUCAAGUUUGGUGCAUAUUGCAGUGAAGACAAGUGACAGUUUAUCUUAACUUUGCCAACUCUUACACAGAUUACUGAGACUCUGAAACAGAUUAUGAAUCUUCUUACAUUUGUUCUCACCAGCUAUCAGUUCUAUAGAAAAUAGGAGACCAAAAUAAGCUGAAUUGGUCAAAAAAAUUUAUGACAAGUUUUAGUUGUGUUUAGCUCUCAACAGAGUCUGAUUAUGUUUUCUUUUAAUGUCACCUCCUCCCGUUUCAGUCUUCCUCUUUUCUUUUAUUAUCUAGUUCACUGACUCUCACUAGAGUUUCAUGUUGGUGGAGACUGAUUUUUGCCCAUUCACAAUGCUAACUUGCUGACAGCAUGAAGUUUCUGUUGACUCUAGGUCGUAGUGAAGAGGCACUUGAAUGUGUUGAAGCUUAUGCAAGGGCUACAAAAAUGUUCAGGGACUACUCUGAUCCAAGCAGUGAUCCAGUGUUCUCUGAGGUGAGGUAGAUUGAGCUGAUGUUACCUAGAAUUUGCAAUAUACUGGUACUGACCCUUAAACCCUCAAGUUCGGAUUGUUAAUUCUCUACAUUGGUUGGUGCACAAUUCCUUGUAAAUUAGUUGUAAGAAUGUGGUGUAAUAUCCAGAUAACAACUUCUCCCUGAUAAGUUUGGGUAUUUUCAUUACCUGUUUGUUGGAUAAUGUACAUUUCUUAAUAUUAUAGGGAGAAGUUAAAUGUUAAUCACUUCUGAGAGUUUAAGGGUUAAUAUGAGAGGAGGAUGUUAAGAUGAUUGUAACAAAUCUUGCUCAAGAACACAACCCAGUGAUCCUCUCUACAGCCAGAGCUAGAAAAUAAUUUGGACUACCCUGCUUGAUUUUAUUUUAACAGGCUAAAAGAACAGAAUAGGAUAAGAGGUGUGGCUCAUAUGGGAACAUUUACAUGUAACCCCUUCAAUGAGGCCUUUAAAUUGUGUUUUUGCUGAUUUAAACCAAUAUUUCAUCAAUACUUAUUGAUUUAACUCUGAUCACAACAAAACUGAUCGAGGAGCUCCCAUGAAACCAGACUGCAACUGGCAAACAAUGUGUCAUGGUUACAUCCAUCCAGGUUAUUGAAAGUCAGUCACCAUUGCUGAAAAAAGUCUUUUUAUGGACUACCCCUAGUCAGAAGUCUGCACACUCAUGAUUUAUAUUGCAUUUGUGUUGCUGUUACAGGUUGUGGAGUUGGACUUGUCUACUGUGGCUCCAUCAGUAUCAGGUCCCAAGAGACCUCAUGAUAGGGUGUCUGUAUCUGUAAUGAAGCAGGAUUUUACAGACUGUUUAAACAAUAAGGUUGGAUUUAAAGGGUUUGGAAUCCCCCCUGAAAAGCAAAGCACGGAAGUCCCUUUUAUUUUUGAUGGUCAAGAGUUCAAGUUGGCUCAUGGUAAGAACUCUUAUCUUUCUUUAAACUUGUUUGAUAUUUAUGUGUACUAUAUUAUUAUUAUUAAUAGUAAUAUUAUUGGGCUUAGUAUUGUCAAAGAUUUUGUUGUCACUGCCGUUGUUGUUAUUGUCAUUGUUACUAUCAGUUACAGUGAAGGUUGUAUUUCAACUGUUGUCAAAAGAGGUCUUGAAUGCAAAACCAUUUCAGUUGCAUUGAAUCAAAGAUUGAUUUAGACAUGGGUGAAUUUGUUUAAAAGCAGGUAGCUGCACAUCAACUUGGGCAUUGUAUAAAGCACUGCACAUGGUUAUACACAAUGAAUUCUUUGAAAAUUUUGUUCUUAACGCCUAACUCCCACGAGUGACAAAGACAGAAUUUCUCCUUACUAUAUCAGUACAAUAUCAAGCAGACAAGUGAUGAGAAUAAAGAAAAAUAUUAAUUAGGGGAUUAUUAGUUGAUCCUACACCAAAUUCUCCAAAUUAGCAUCACAACAACUAUAUGGCAGACAGUAAGGAGAGUUAUUAAUGAGAUCUUGGGAGUUAAAGGGUUAAGACAUGGUAUUUCUUACAAAAUUUUUAUAACCAUAUGCUUUCAAUAUUUUUCUGCCUUUGAUUGUUAAAUUACCUACUGAAGGCUACAGAAAGUGACCUCUUUAGAUGAACAGCGUCUGCAAGUGAAUGUGAUUGUUCUUUCACUGCACUUUAUCCAGGUUCUGUGGUGAUAGCUGCCAUCACUAGUUGUACAAACACAAGCAAUCCAUCAGUCAUGCUUGGGGCAGGACUGUUAGCAAAGAAAGCUGUUGAACUGGGACUGAGUGUCAAGCCAUACAUCAAGACAAGCUUGUCCCCUGGCUCUGGUGUGGUUACCUACUAUCUCCAGGAAAGUGGUGUCAUACCAAGUCUGGAAGAAUUAGGGUGUGUAAUCAAAGACUUUCCAGCUACAUGUUGUUCAAAAUAGAAGUAUGCCUUAGGAACCAUUCUUUUUGACAUAGAAUCAACCAGACUCUUAACACCCUAACUUCAGUAUGUAUAUUCUCAACACUGUUCUCAGUGCAUUUCCAAUGAUAAUGACAAGGAGAAUUUGUCUAACUUCCAAGAGCUUCUUUUGUUGUUGAUCAUUUCACUGUUCUCAUUAUCUUAAUGAUUGAUUCAGGGAUGGUAUUGUAAGGAGAAAGUAGAUGCUAAUCACUCUUAGAGGGUAAGGGGUUAUUAACAGGAGGGUUUCUUUUUUUUUCACCGACAGUUAGUGCCCAAAAUUUAACUUGAUGCCGCUGUAAUUUUUUCUGUGUUACAGGUUUAAUAUUGUGGGUUAUGGCUGUAUGACCUGUAUAGGCAACUCUGGUCCACUAUCUGAACCUGUUUCUGAGGCCAUAGAAAAGGUUUGUGUCCUUAUCAAUGACAUCUUGUUGAGUUAAGUAUAUGAAGAAUUUCAGAUGACGUCUCUCUGUCAAAACGUCAUGUGCAAGUACUCUGUUUGAAAGGUUGUUUGUCAGAGUUCAUGUCUGAGGAAUGGUAGUCUAUAGGGUAGGGUUUUCAAUUAAUUGAGUACAGUUUUCCAUCUUUCUAUUGUCUCUUUUUUUUUCUACUUCAGUUUUUUAUUGUAGCCAAAUUAAGAAAACGUUUUCUUUCUUGGAAAAGGUGAACAUAACAGAGACCUGUGCUAUAUUUUCAUUUCAUGGUCACCUCUUUUCUUUCAUAUUCAGUACAACCCUGUUAUAUGGGUCAAAGACUUUAUUCAGGAUUAAUUUAGGAUCUAUCUUUCACAUGGUCUUCUCGAGCUCAUAUUAUACUAUUUUUGUUUGUGUAUGUUAAUCAUCAUGCAGUGCGUUCAUUUUCUGUAGCAUAGUUUUUCUUUGUCUCUACUAAAUCAAUUGAAUUUUUCAUUCGUCCUCUUAUCGUUGCUUAAAAAGUUUGAGUUUUCCCUUAAUUCUAUUGCUCAAUCCAGUCUUCAUCUGUGAACAGUGUAAUUUAGUAUUGUCAAUGAGUUGAUAACGUAAAUUGGCCACCGGAAAGAGUUCAAAAGCUGACGUUUCGAGCGUUAGCCUUUCGCCAAUCGCUCUGAAGAAGGGCUAACGCUCGAAACGUCAGCUUUGAAACUCUUUACGGUGGCCAAUUUACGUUAUCAACUCGUUGAUACUACUAAAUUACCCUGUUAUGCUCGCCCAGCGAUGCAACACCACAGUUUCUAUUAAAAUUAUCCCCUUUAUUCAUUCAUCUUUGAACAGAUAGGUUUCAUGUUCGCUCCUUUUGUUAACCACGUAAAGACAUUAAAUUUCGUAACCACAUGUAUCAUUUAAGCGUAAUGAAAAAAAAUGGCAUGUUGCUUUCAGGGUGACCUUGUAGCUGUUGGAGUGCUGUCAGGAAACAGAAACUUUGAAGGCCGCAUUCAUCCUUUAACGAGAGCAAACUACCUUGCCUCCCCUCCCUUAGUAAUCGCUUAUGCCAUUGCUGGAACAGUUCUUAUAGACUUUGAGACAGAACCCCUAGGUAAGACAAUCUUACAGAAUUUUCUUUUAGAUCUUUUCUCAGGUACACAAGUUCUAUCCGAUGAUUUGAAGAGUACUUGAGAGCUUCUACUUAAAGUAGUUCAUGCUUCUGUGUUUUAUUUGGUAGGCAUUUCGAAAGAUGGAAAAGAAGUAUUUCUCAGAGACCUCUGGCCAACAAGAGAUGAACUUCAGGUUUGCGCUUUGCGUUUAAAACUCAAUAUUUUCAUCACUAAGUGCUUGCAUCUCUUUUUGUGACAAUUUUUAGAUUCGUUCAGUCAAUCAUUUGGAACCACAUGCAACGUACUGUAAAGAAAUCGUUUUGGGAGAUAGAAAGAACUAUUAUUUCCCGGUUAAUACUUAAUGUUAUUAAUUCCCCUGUCAUGUCUCUGUACUAAUCAUAGUUUGAACUGGCUCUGUGAAUUCAUUGUAUCCCCUUUGCAAAAAUGAUUAUAAAGCUUUAUGAUAUUCCAGUAAGAUUCAAGCUUCAUAUCCUGGGCUACUCUUAAGAGUAGCUUUACUUUAUUGAGAUCUUUGCCUUCUUCUGACAUAAAGUUAGGUACUAAGCUGCGUGAAUUUGAUGGAUCUUUCCCGUUUUCACAGGAGGUUGAAAGACAGUAUGUUAUACCGGCUAUGUUCAAAGAAGUCUAUUCCAAGGUGUCGGUAAGUAGGGCACAAAAACUUGCUUUAAUUGUAUAACUGCUGUAUUACUCCGCCCAAUUUCUUAGUUCGGACACAUUAAAAGCAAGAACCAAUUUGUUUAAAAAAUAGAUUUUUCUUUUUAGGAUAAAGGCUAGGAUUACGCUUUGGCGUUUAAUGCAUCUGAAAAGCAAGAAUUGUGACCCACAGUGAACUUUCUUUCCUUUGAUCAAAAUUAAUUUCAAAUACUGUUUCAGAGCGGUAACCCUCGUUGGAACUCUCUGGAAGCACCCGAUAGUAUGCUGUAUCCAUGGGAUGUGAAAUCAACCUAUAUCAAACAUCCACCUUUCUUUGAAAUAAUGGUGAGUAUUUGAAGAACCUUACAUUUCAAAAGCCGAACACUUAGCGUUUCUCUCUUCCUCGGUACCAUUGACAAAAUGCAAGGCAGCCAUUUUGAAAUUUAGCGCCCUGCAAUAAUCACCUCAUGCGAUGUGAUUAUAGCGAGAUAUAAUGCAAUCCUUGACCAAUCGGAGAGCGCGAAUCUCUUUGAUCACUUGAAAAAUUAUACUGAAAUAAAGAGGGUAAGUUUCUAAAGAAACUGUUGUGCUGAAACUGGUGGGGUAGUACAAGAUAAUUUGGUUUUAUCAACUGAGUUGAUAAUGUCAAUUGGCCACUGUAAAGAGUUUCUAGAGCUGACGUUUCGAGCGUCAGCCCUUCGUCAAAGUAAAUGGCUCUCAUGAAAGACUAAUGCUAAUUAUUGGUUUGAAGUAGAACUUGAUCAGAAAAGUUCCCAUCAUUGGCCCCAGAAUGAGUCAGUGUGUGUUUGUGUUUUACUUCCAGGCCAAGGAGUUGCCAGAGCGUGUCAGCAUUUCAGAUGCUGCUGUGCUGUUGAACUUGGGCGACUCAGUAACCACUGACCACAUCUCACCUGCGGGCAGCAUCUCUCGCACCAGUCCUGCUGCUCGGUAUCUAGGUAGCAAGGGGUAAGUUUGAUAAGAACUCUGUGUUCUUUUCGAAUCUCUCUUUUUGUUUUGUUUUGUUUUGUUUUGUUUUGUUUUGUUUUGUUUUGUUUUGUUUUGUUUUGUUUUGUUUUGUUUUUUUGUUUUGUUUUGUUUUGUUUUGUUUUGUUUUUUUUGUUUUGUUUUUUUUUUUUUUUUUUUUGUUUUUUUUUUUUUUUUUUUUUUUUUUUUUUUUUCAUCGGCGAAUUAAACUCUCCUUUCUCUGGUCAAGAAAUUUAAAUGAUGUGACAAUGAUCCUUCUCAUGAAAGGCUCCUCCUCUGCUCUAUUUGAAGGUUAUUUACAAACCUGGCCAGCUCAUUUUAAGUGAUUAUGUAACGUCGAGCAGCAAUCCACGACUGGUCAAAUAAUUUAAAUGUAUGUGAAGGUGAUCUUCCUUGUAAAAGACUCUCCCUCUCGGCCAUAUUUGAAGCUUUUGCCGCAGUACUGUAGCCUGGCUAACUCAUUUUAAAUAAAUUCUUCGGCUUUCAUCUGUUUUCAGGCUUGCACCUCGGGAGUUCAACUCGUAUGGUUCUCGGCGUGGAAACGAUGCUGUAAUGGCGCGUGGAACAUUUGCCAAUAUCAGACUGGUCAAUAAGUUCAUUGGUAAAGCUGCACCUAAAACUAUCCACAAUCCUUCGGGGGACACGGUAUGGUAAACAUAAACAUUAUGGCUUUCACGGCUAAGGAAAAAAGCUUGAAAUUUUGUCGUCUGCCUUUAGCUGCUUGCAUGAUUGAGUGAUCAUGUUUUUAUACAAGUUGUUAAUCGAGGAUUUCCCAACGUCCCUUUUGCAAAAUCUCGGGCAUUUUGAAAGCGAUUUUCCAACCGAGUGUUUGAAGUAAUUCAGGAGGGGGCUAGUAUUUCUCUCUCCUAACAGAAUGAGGGAACGAGGCUGUUCAUUUUCAAAGCGGGACACAGGGUGAAAUCACGUGCAGGCUAGAAAACCGCUUUGGUAGCCAAGAAAAAAGGCAGGAUUCGUUUCAUUUCGCCGUAUAUCAAAGCGUUAGCGAUGAUAAAAAUUAUGCCUUGCGCCGAGGAAUUGAAAGGAGAUUAUGUUAGCACCGUGUACUUGGUCUUUCACUGUGUGUAUUUAUGCUGUGAUAUUAUCGAGUUGUUGGUUUUAUUUAUUUACUAUCGCUCUUACUCUGCAGAUGGAUGUUUUUGAUGCUGCUGAACGAUACCACCAAGAAGGACGGCAACUCAUCAUUCUGGCCGGCAAGGACUAUGGGUCGGGAUCUUCACGUGACUGGGCGGCCAAGGGACCCUGGAUGCAGGUACAUAGGGCAAAACUGAACCCAGGUUUUAUGGACCUGCAAGCUCUGUUUUUAGAUUUAUGUAUUGUAGGCUAAAUACUUAGUUUAACUAACUGUUCAUUUAUCUCUGUUCUGUUCAGGGUGUGAGAGCGGUGAUAUCAGAGAGUUUUGAACGAAUUCAUCGAAGCAAUUUAGUGGGAAUGGGUAUUAUGCCCCUGGAGUAUCUUCCCGGUCAAAACGCAGAGAGUCUGGAACUCACUGGAAAGGAGAGUUACACUAUUGUGGUACCGGAAGACCUGAAGACUGGCCAAACACUGGAAGUAAAGGUAGACUGUUGCUUUAGCUUGUCUUAAAAUUGAAUCAGAAGAAUGCGGGCUCCUUUGGCCUAUUUUUUUCUAGGGAAGACAAAGGUAAAAACUUCCAACAGACUGUCUAUAUGACCGUCUGUUUGAAUGAUUGAUUGAUUGACUGACCGAGUGGUUUACCUAUGACGUCUUAUUCAUUGCAGCUGAGUGAUGGCCGGUCUUUCAAUGCUAAGGUCCGUUUCGACACGGACGUGGAACUGACGUACUUCAAACACGGAGGAAUCCUGAACUACAUGAUAAGGAGCAUGCUACAUUAAGAAAACAGCUGGAUCUAGGGACAUACGACAUCUAGCGAAAAUAUGAGAUCUACAAUAUUGGAAUCAUCGAACACGGGGAACGCCGGAACACAACAGAUAUCAUUGGCGUUUGUGUUUCUAUCCUUUUUUCGAGCGAAUCGGUCGAAGAAGAGUCUUAGUUUUUCAAUAACAUUAUAUUUAGAUAAUUUAUGAAUUGAGCCUGACUAUUUAAGAAGAAUAUCAGGAGAGCUACAAUUUUUAUGAGUAGCUAACUCUAUUUUUAAUUAUGUUAAAGGUGACUAUUGAAACCCGAAUAUUAAGGAAAAUAAUUUUCAAGUAUCGAGGUUUAGCGAAAGCAAGCUAGUCUUGCUGUUUCACACACCGAGAUGGCCACUCUGUAUUUAAGAAUUUGAAAAAAGUGCUCAUCUGGAAAUAAAUUGGAGGAAAAAAGGUAAUCAAAUAUUUGUGGUUUCUUUCGCUUUGUAUAUGUAAUCACAUGAGGCCAAGUACUAUUAAGGAUUAAUUGCACGAGAGUUUUCAAAAUUUUCCAAAAUUGCCCGAGUCGCGAAGCGACGAGGGCAAUUUGGAAAAUUUUGAAAACUCAAGUGCAAUUAAUCCUUAAUAGUACGAGGUCUCAUGGGAUUACUUGUUUAUCAAUAUAGGGCAAAAUUUAUACGAUGGAAAAUCACGCGCGCAGUCUAUUUUUAUCUGGGAAGCCUGUUUAGCGCUACGGCAAAUCAUCAAUCAAAUUGAACUGACCAAUCGAUUCAAUGAAAUUUUAUUCUCCAAAACUGUGUCGUGAUACACUGCCAAAAGUCUAGAAAACAAAGCUCAUUUCAACAGAGCGUUUCUGCCAACAGAAAAACAACAAAGUGCUUUUAACUGAACAAGGUAAUCAUGCCCUCUCUUGAUUACUAAAAAUGCCCUCGAUUAAGAAAAAAUGCCCUCUCUCUCAACCAAUCAGCGCUCAGUAAUUUUGCCCUUUAUUGAUAAGUGGAUCGUAUCGACAAUUGUAUCGUUUGUCGUUCUCCUGGUUUUCUCGCCAACAUUCGAAAAAGAAGGGUAAACAUCAAAGCAGACUCACGAGAACAACAAAAGUUGGCCGGAUUGAAGCAAUUAUAGCGCGUCAAAACGCACGAAUAGCAGUCAACCUGCAUGCUGCAUUUCGCGACGCUUACGCAUUCGCUCUCAUCAUCUGGCGAAGACCUUUCAGCCUUAAACUCCCAGAAGUGAUUACCAUGCAACUUCUCCGUGUAAUGUCCAUACGCUAUACAGCAAACAGAUAAUGAGAACACUCAAACUCAUCAAGUACAAUUUAUUACCGUAAUUGAACACCUGAUUCUCGUAAUCAAGUCACAAGGAAAUGUUUUGUAGCUAGAAGGGAGAAUCGACAAUCAGAUCUUGGGAAUUAAAGGGUCAAUUGAUAGCGAUUUCAAGUUAUAUCGUGAGAUCAAUCGGAAGUGGGGAAGGAUUAACUGAAGUUCCCUUAGGGGUUCAACAAGAGUUCUCAUUAUAUCAACGCCUUGGAGUAUGCUCUUGGCCUUUGAGAUUCGUUGGGUUUAGUGACAUUUGAUCGAGACGUGCUCUUGCACUAUCCCAAAAUACCCAGAGAAUCACUUAGACAAGCCUUUUCCAAGUGUGCGAUGGUAAAUAGAGCGCGACCCGUUCAAAUCCUCCGUUAUUUUUCCUCUCCGCAUAACUACCUCGCCUGGAACUGAAAAGCCUUUUCUUAAAAAAAGCCAAGUUUUCUACCUUAAAAUACAUUUUGAUUUGUUUAUGAUGAAUGCGUGAUUCACCUUGAUUUCAUAGGUUUUAUUAAACCUUCCCUUGGAUACAAGAAGUACUGAAGUAUAUAUGUAACACUUAUAGUCUGACGAACGAUUUAUCUCGUGGAUUACGAAUGAUACUAUAUGUAAACAUUUAGAAGACUUCUACGGAAGAUAAAUACCGCGGGAUAAGAUGAGAUUAGUUUCAGUCUGCCACGAGCUAGUAAAGAAAGGCCGAUCUGACUACUCUGAUUGAGAUCGCUGAAUUUCAGGUGUCUUAUUAUGCAGAGCGAGUGUAUUGCCACGUAAGAAGCUCGUGACAGGGGUCAUGUUUGGUUUGGGUGUAUAGUGAUGGGAGGGAGCAAGGCGAGACUCUAGCUGUCCUCCUCUUACUCUUGCCUGCUGUCCUCUGCCUCAUUAGAAAUAUCUCUCUCCCCUCCAAAACGUCGGGAAGAAAUACCCAAAAUAUGCCGAUGUGGCAGUGCAAGAGAUAAAGCCUCGGCGAUUUACUACUAGUAAACUGCUACAAGACCUUACUCGUUUCCAGUCGUCAUAAGCAGGAGGCGCGCCAAGACCGCCAUUAGGCUGACCCCUUCGAAUGGCGCCGAUCUAGCUCGUUCUAAUCUCUCGCUUUGAAAGACCGACAUGAGACUAAUGAGAUAAAUAAAAUACCCCCGGUAAACUUAAUUGAAAACCAGCGACAGUUACUGUUUUAUGUGUACUUCGUUCUGUUCUGGUUUGAUAGCAAACUGAUGAAACCUUUUGCUCAAUCAUAAACAACUUACGUUAUCAAAAUUGCUUAAGAAUAAUACGCUUGCUUCCGGCCUAAAUGUUCUUUCGCUCAUUCCGAUGCAUUUUACAAGAACCUCCAACAAACGCUUUCCUGUCCAUUGCGUAGCCCCUGAAACGAUCAAGAAGACUUCACAACCCUCCACUGCAGUGUACUCGCAUCCCGACCACCAACGGAGAUUAGUCGGGUGUCAUCGUGAAGGAAUCGUACAUUCAUGACAUGCGCACUGUGACCUUGAAAAAUUCUUGGCUCAGCCUAUACAUAAGAAAACAAGUAAUUAAAACAAAAUGGAAAAUCAACAGAUUUAAUAACAGAAUACAAGCAAUCUUCUUUCCCCUUUUAGCAGGCGAAAAGUGAUGAGAAGGGUGCCGAAAAAAUGAACUUAAUCGAGCUUUUACCUUCUUACUGACACAAGGAUAUCUGUACAGAUUAACAUUGCCAAAGUCAUCCCCCGUAGCUGUCAAAUGCUUUCCACUAGAGCGAUCCACAGAGUUCACAUCAGUUCCGUCUGCCCCGUCCGGCCAAAUUCCUGUACGGGUCAAUAGACACAGUGAUCAUUAAAGCUAGACACGGUGUUUCUUGUUUUUGCGUCGCCCAGUGCGAUUGUUUUGUCAGAUAUCGACGGUGACUUAAAGGGAACGCCACCGGUUUUAUCUGUAUAUAUAAUACCCGAAAGUUAUGCGAUUCUCUAAAUCAAGCAAGUAAUCUACCACUUUCCAACGUGAAAUAGGAGGGUUUCAUAUCGUUUACAGCAGCAAACGCCAGUUAAUAAUGAGGGUAUCGUAAGAAGUUCUGCCGACGACGUUUACUGCUAAACUCAUUGCAGGCGAAAACCACAUUGCGAACAUGCUACUUACCAAUGACAGUGUAACCCAGGACACAGUUGUGCGAGGCCCACUCUGUGUUGCGCAUGCUCUCCGUCUGGGUUAUUUGCUCUCCUUGAAGAGGCUCCCCUGACAGCGAAAAAAAUUGUUUAGCUGAGUAUCACUUAAACAUACUAUGGAGUAAUCAUGUUAGCAAACAAAUUUCACUUCUGGUUGGAAAAAAUUGCCAAUAUUGAUGACGAUAGUUUCAUUUGCAAUGACGGUAGCGAUGGUAGUGGUGAUAGGAACGUAAUGGUAGAGGAUAAGGUAACAAUAUCGAUAACGGUAACGAUGUCGAUAACGGUAUCGAUAACGAUAAUAACGGCAUUAAUAACAGUAACGAUAUCAAUAACUAACAAUAACCAUGACGAUAACGGUAUCGUUAACGAUAAUGGUAUUAAUAACGUUGACGAUCACGGUAUCGAUAACGGUAACGAUAACAGUAAAAGUAACAGUAAUGGAAUGGGUAAUAGUAGCAGUAACAACAAUAGUGGCUGCAAAGGUAACGGAGGUCACUGUGGUGAUGUGUAUGGUAAUAAUAAUAAUUCAAAAUGAAUUUAAUUAAAUCAUUCAAAAGUUAGUUUCACUCUUUUAAAGUAAUAAAUUGUGAAUCAACAGCAAUCCUUACAAAAAAGCAAUUCAUAAUCCCUUGAGGUACUUUGAAGUUUUUCUCCAUCUGUGGACCAGUCCAGGUGACUAACUGAGCUUGUGUGACCCUGCGACAAUGACAACAUUAACUUGUGAAUGAAAGGGAAACAAAAACUCUGAUCACUUUAUCUAGAAAAACACGGAGUGGUCGAUUUUGAUUCUUAAUUUCACGCAGUUGAAAGUUCAUAUUUCCUAUUACCGAUAAAAUAUAUAACCGGUUCAUAUAACCAUGUUUCAUUCUGUUAAUGAAGAGUGCUUAACAACAAAUACUUAUAGAUGCACUAAAAACUUGCGAGCUGCCGUCCCUCGGGUCCGUAAUUUUAACGGUUGGGCUGUGGGUAAGCACCAGAAAGUCACGCAAAACUACAAACAAAAGACAAACAAAUCCUCAAGUCUUUACCUUACAACGAGCCUUGAGAGAUACAGACCUUCCCUCAGUUCGCAGUUCAUAGAUGUAGACGUCAUUGUCAUGACAACCAAGAGCUACAUGACUUCCAUCUAGUGAUAAAACACACACAAAUUUAGGUACUAGUCUCGACCAAAAAAGGGUGAAAAUUAUCAUUUUGUGUAGUGGACCCAAAGUUGCUUGCUCGCACUUUACCUGGAGAAAAUUGAAUUUCUGAUAUUUUCUCAGGAGGUUCAGAUUUGCGAAUAAAAAUGGUAUCUCCAGUUGACGAGUUUAUCAACAUCCACCUGAAAAGUGACACAAAAAGUUGCACCAUUAGGAUGACAUUUUGAUGAACUACAUAGUCCUCAGGUUCAGUAAUUUAAGGGAAUUCGGUUGACAUACUCAAAUGGAUCCUUGAGUUAAAGAUUGUUGCUGGCUUUUUUUGGACCUAACAAAAUGUUUCAAAAUAGUCGUCCAAUCAUGACGAACUAACUGGCCAAUAGCCCAGUAAAAAAAAAUUCAUUAACAACAUGUGACACAACAACUUGCAAAGAUACGCACGGUCACGUAACUUCCAACAUAAACCACAAUACCGUUGUUUUUUUACCUUUGUUUUUGCUCUUUGUUUUGGGCUUUCACAUACCAUUUUCCAUACUAACUAUGUCUUGUGCUUACUCACCCUCCUGCCUUGAAGCCAACAGCAAUGGAGCUGCCGUCAGGAUGAAAAGCUGCCGCUCGCAUCUCUGAAGUCUGGGAAAAAAAGUUUGAAAACUUCAUUAUAAGCGAGCAUACUGUAAGAAACUAUCAUUGCCUCUGGGCUUCAUGUCCGUUCUUAUAAUUACCAUAUUCCUUUUAAGCGCUUCUAAAUGCGACUCAGUUCAGAUAAGGAAUUAUUUGGGUUUCACAUAUACAAAAGUGAAUAACUUUUAGCUCUUUACCUUAAAAAUAAUAAUUUUCUUGAUUUUUAAAAAUAUGGAUUAAAAUAGAACGAUAGACUUUCUCAUGCACUCACCAAUUUGUUGUUUGACCACAUGACCCGACGUUCAGCGGCAUUCCACAAUCGUAAUAUCUUAUCACUUCCGGCCGUGACAAACAAUGGAGAGCUGGGAUGAGUAGCUAGUCCUCUUAAAUCUUGACAAUGCCCCUAUAAAACAGAUUGAUAGCAUUAAUAAUAAUAUUGAUGAUUAUGAGAACAAUAAUGAUUAUGAUAACAAUAACGAUGAAAACCACAAUAACGAUGAAAACCACAAUAACGAUAGAGGUAACGAUGACUAUCACGACGAUGAUGACGAUAACGACAAUUUUAUUACUUAAAUGAAACGAUAGCAACAACGAAAUGAAAAACAAUAACAAAGACGACAACGCUACAAGAGACCAUAACAAUAUCGAUGAUACUAACGAUAACGAUGACGACUACAGUAACGAUGAUGAUGACGACAACAGUAAAGAUGGCGACGAUAACGAUGAAGACGAUGAUGAUGACGAUGACGACAACAAUAGCGAUAACGAUGACGAUAGUGACAAUAAUGAUGAUUUUAACUUAGUGCAAUUUCACAACCUAACCAGCUGAACCGAUCAAACAUACUCCAGCUCCAGCGUUAACAAUCUUAAGUGAAUAUCUGCAUGUAGUCGAUUGAGCCCGCUGACAGCACACACCUUUGUUGUGCGAUUUACACCAUUAAAGGGCAUGUAAACCCAAAAAUACAUGUUUUUCUUAUACUGUGUAAAAAGUGGCGUAGAAAACGAAUUUGAAAUUCGUUUUGUCCAAUUCGACUUAUUUUAGGAGAAAAUCGGCAUUUUCAACUGAAAUUCCAUUUCCGGUAAAAACAAUAGCGAGAAGUCGUGACGUAAGCGGUGGAACUAAAAUAUUGCGCAACACAUAUUCCCCAAUAGAACUGGUGUGGGAGUUCGUGUAAGUAGCGGUAGUUUGGAAGAUAUUUUUUCAGAAGAUAGCGACUCGAAUGCCUUAAGCUUAGUACAUGACAGCGAUGGGGAUAAUCCAGAAUCUUCAGGAGAGUCUGGGCCACGUUCUUAACAAUAUGAGCCGCGUAGGGUUCACUGAAGCGAUCCGCACGAAGACAGUACAGAACAUGUCGAUGCGACCGUCUCGGAAACUCAGACUGGUAUUUAAUUUACUGUGUGAUUUAUUUGUAUUUGACAUGAAAAUCCAAUAAAGCGAGGGUACAAUCUAAAAGAAUGCAACAGAAAUUUUUUAAACUUGAGCUUCUGAGAGUGUUUUAUAUAAAAUUAUCAAAGGUGCGAGUGUGGAACUUGUCAACCAAUGCCGACAACUCAUGAAAGUGUUGUUGUACAGAAAUCGGGCAAUUGUGGCAAAAAGUAGAGUAGAAAGGGCCUGAAACCCAUAUAAGUUGUAUCACUGAGCAUCCAGGUUUUCAGUCAAUUUGCCUUGAUUUCUGGGUGCUGUAGACGGCCAAUUGCGCGUACAGGCAGCAGCAAGGCACAGAUAAUCACACCGGAAACGAGUGAGCUAAAUGUUUUCUGUUUCAUCUGUUUUGUUACAUUUUGAGAUCGAUUUGCUUGGGUUGUUUUUGCCAUUGACUUAAUAAUACAAUACUAGAACUAGUUGUUUUUCGCUUCUUUCCUGGCAGGAAAUUUCGCUAAAUUGCCUACAGAUAGCUUGUUCGUUGGUGUUGGGAAUAUCUCGGCAAACACUUCUGGGUCGCUGUGCCAUCUUGUGCGUUAAACAAUAUCCGAAACAUUUUUCCAGCGGAUUUUGGAUCGCCUUACACUGGAUUAAAACCGCCAAACCUUUGAGAGAAACAAAGGUAUAUGUUAAUGCAGAUCUUAGUUAUUUAUGUCUUACAGCACUGGAGGUUAUGCCCGUUCUUUAUGAGAUAUCUAUGUAUUGCUUUCCUUCAUCUCCGAAGCAUUUCCAUCGAUAAACAAGUUGUACCAUAUACAUUUCCUUGUGAGGCCUUCAUAAUUAUCCAACCCUGUUUGUGUUUGCUUCGAUUUGAAAUACUGAAAAGAUAGUUUUGCAAGCUGAAAUCAGGAUCUUUUAAGUUGUACUCAAAAUGAUGAAUAUUGUCCUACUGACCUUUGAAUGUAUUUUCACUGCUGUGAAAAUCGUGACACAAAUUCUUCUGCUGUUUCUCUGCAGGGUUUCUCAAAGGAAGCACCAAGUGGGGCUGGCAUGUAUUUUCUUAUAGAACAUAAGGGUUGAUUAUGGGAUUCUGUAUAGAAUUCUUUGCAUCGAACCAACAAAAUUCCAGAUCACGUUAUUACACACUGACAUCAACGAAUUCUCUUUCUUUGAUACGUGUUUCGAAUUCAGGAAAAGGAUCAGAGGAGUCAGUGUCUUUUAUGGGCUC